GUAAAAUAAUGUCAUAUACAUGUCUUCAGUGAAUUUAGAUUAAACAACUGAAUUUUAUGGAUACAUUUGCCUCGCUUAAGUGCCGAUAUUAUGCUUUAUGCAAGAUUUGUUUGAGAGGAAUUUGUUACCGUGUCAUACUGAUAUAACUUGCGCCCUAUUAUGCAGGAUUGUGUUGAAAAGAUGAAUACUGUGUGCGCGUUUGUGGGAAUGGCAUUUCUCCUGAUGGACCUCAACUGUGGUAACCUUAAUAUGAUAUGUUUCAUUAAUAAUGGUAAUAGGACCGAGUGGAGUCCAAUUCGGUCUUCAAUUAUACGAGUGAUUGACAAAAUCGGACGACCGCGAAGCGGGAGUCUGAUUUGUUAAUUACGAGUAUGAUUACAGACAGAAUUGGACGACACAAAGUCCUGUUACCAAUAGUCAAAACUAUGAAAAAAUUUGAGAAAGAAACUAGACAUCGGUUAUACAUUUUCAUAAAAAAAACCCAGUUAACUCAGCGAAAUGCGAGAUAAUAGCGCGCGCGCAUGACGCGUUCUCUCCACUUACGCAGGUAUGACGUGUCAACUGUCCCUUUAACUGUCCUAUUACACUGUCCAAUUACAAGCAUGACGUGUACACUGUCCUAUUGGUGCUCAAAUCAGGCUGGUGAUAACCAAUCACGUUUGUGAAUUUGUUAUAGUUUUGAUUGGCAGAUAAGUUUCAGUGUGUCGCGAAAAUUUCACUGAGACAGAUAUAAGCAAAUGUGUGUUACAAGAGCAAAAAAAUGAAAAUUGUUAGGCAAUGAAUUAAAAAAGGUUAUAAAUUAAACAACUGAAGAGAGAUUAUCUCUGUGUUUCAAGGAAUAUAGGGUGCAAAGAAGAGCACAUUUCACUUUUGGUUGUCGUAAGAACCAAAGAUUAAUUGAUCACGUGAGCCAAUCAGAAUAAAGGUAAUACGUGUACCGGGCUUGAGGGCGGGAAAACGGGAGUCUUAAUUGGUUUUAACAUUGCAGUCAAUUGGUUACAAGGAUGCGGCGAGUUUAAGACCAAUCGCAGAGCAAAAGGAGGUAAACCUUUCCAAAGCUGGUUAUUAAAUAACCACUGAUAACUCGCAAGUUAUAUUACUGAGAAAAAAAACCUCACCGCCAAAAAUAACAUUUAUCUUGCCUUUCUUGACAAUGAUUUCAGAACUAAUAAUUCGGUUUUUACUUUCUUCUCAAAUCCUCAUUUGGUAGGCCAAACCUCAUCCACUAGUGGCGGUCUUACCAAAGGUAAGUCUUAAUUUUUUAAUGGGGGAGGGGAGAUGGUGUGGAUGGAUUUUUAAGCCGAAAAAUCGCUUAGAUUAUUAAAUUUCUCCGAGUCAGAAGUCAAAAUAUCGAAUGUUUAACUUAUCUUUAAGAAAAAUACGCAAAGUUUCGAUUCAGUUGUCCACUUUAAUUGAGUAGGCCAUGGAGUGCCUUUAGUCGCCGCUAAGGUUUGUUUCUUUGUCGUGCUGUGUGGUACAUAUGGCGACGGGUAGUUGUUAACCUCUUACGAAAAUAGACGCGUGGUCAAUUGUUCAAAUGACGACGACGAAAAUGACUACGCCUUUUGUGGCUAUUUCUUUUCCAGCUCAGAAAGGGGAGAAAAGGUUCUUUAAUUUCAGCCCAAGGUUAGAACAACUUUUAGAAUUGGCGCAACAAGCUCUGGGUCUUGAUCGAGAACAGACCUCCCAAAUUUACGGCUACGGCUGUUGGUGCGGCUUUGGUGGAAUGGGAGAAACCGCGGAUAACUUUGAUUUGUAAGUUAAGGGAGAAGAAUGUUGAAGGGGACUCACAAUACACCGUCAAAACGUCGCUAUUCAUAUCCCAGAUGACUACAUCGUGAAACAAACGACAGAAUUUGAUUACUAUUUUCGCUCAUCAAGAUUAUCAACCACAACCUUUAUGUCUUUUCACGGCAUUGUUCGAUUCCUAUUCAACAUUCUUGCUUUCCUUUUCUAAUUCCUUCUUCCUUUUUACUAAGAAAACGAAGUUGUUCUCUGCGUUUCGGCAGUCAUUCCUUCCUUCGUCUCCUGUUAACUUUUUAGUGAAUCUUCUGGUCAGGACAUAGGGGUUUCACAAUCACUUUUGUGCUGUAGUCAAUUGCUUGGGUGUGUGUGUGUGUGUGUGUGUGUGUGUGUGUGUGUGUGUGUGUGUGUGUGUGUGUGUGUGUGUGUGUGUGUGUGUGUGUGUGUGUGUGUGUGUGUGUGUGUGUGUGUGUGUGUGUGAGUGCGUUUUUAAUAACUUUAGGCACUCACUGGUCAACUUGUUCAAUAGAAGUUUAAAAGGAGGUUCUAAUUUUUUUUCUUUUAACUUCAGUUGUUGCAAAGCCCACGAUUUUUGCGAGCUUAACUUAGUUAAACCGGAUAAAUGUGGUGGUAACCCCAGAAAUGUUGAUCAGAGAUUCGAGUACGACGCAGCUACUGACACUUGCAGUAAGUAUAAUCAAUAUUUUUUGUGUAUAAUAUUUUCGUUAAGUUUUGUCGUUGUGUGUAUCAUAUUGCCAAAGUCCUUGGCGUCUACGUUUCCUCACAGUUCCAUACACACAUAGAUUUACACUGUGAAGAACUAUUGUGCGUGUCUCUUGUUGGACGAACGAUUUAUUUUCACAGUCGUUCGCUUGCAAUCUUUGAAAUGUGUCAGUUAGUGAGAGAAAAUCUCAGUAUGUAUAAAAUAAAAACAUCGGACCAUGGAAAGUGCUUCAACGAUUUUUAUUCACGAGUUACGAUGCAUCGAAAAAGUCAGUCGUUCGCUGCGUUCACUCGUUCGUUUUCUUGACGCAUAGCAACUCGUGAAUAAAGAUCAUUCGGGGUCUUUUCAUGCAGUAAUCUCUAUAUCCCCCGCCCCUUUAAGAAAGGGAAAAGGAAAAAAUCGAGACUUUUCGAAGACAUAGAUUAUUUAAGGUUUUUUUUUUUUUAGUUUUAGCAAAUCAGUUUUACACUUUUGACUUACACACCAUCACUUACCAGCAUGCGUGGUUGUUUAUAGUAGUUGUGCGACAAUUUUGUUCUGACAGACUGAAAGCAUGCCACUUAAAACGCUCGUGCAUGCGCAGACCUUUGACCGCUGUGUUAGUAAAGAGGCCUUGGCCCAUAUAGUUGGUACGCAUGUCCGGGUUUUCGGCCUGUUUUAGGUUAUGGGUUCAUGUCUGUAGCUCCAAAACCCUCACCUAGAAAACGGGGCUACGUCCAACACUCUUCACGUGAGAAUGAGUUUUGUAAAAGAAUAAAAAAUGAUUCUCAAACAAAGGCUCCGCUAAGCCGUUGGGUACCUCGGAUGCAGCUUAUUAUUAUAUUCCAUUCUUUUCCCUUUUUAGCUCCCGCGAGUGAAUAUAAAUCAAAUGAUCCGGAAGCGGGGAAGUGUGGUUAUGCCGCAUGUCUUUGCGACUCAGAGCUACUCCGGUGCUUUAAAGAAUUUAAGAAGGUCCUUGACUUCAAAGCUAACUUCGGAUGCAGGACCAGGAAACCAGGAUUUUGCCCUAUCCGAUGUAAAUUUUAACAAUACUGAGGAAACCUCUUUUCAAUUAAUUAGUGGCAAGCGGGAAACUUAAUUUCUGAUCAGAAGUUGAACUCAAAAGCUCCCAACUUCAGCCAGAUAUUGCCUCAGUUAGCGAACGUUACAUAAUUUUGAAUAUGCAUGCGAGAUUCACCUUGGGGAGGACGCGCCCUUUAUUUCCGUCUCAAAAGGGGUACUGAGGGAAGCGCAAGAAGAGUGCAACGAUUGAGUCACGUGCGAGAGGAGGAAUGUACAAAAAAAACGACGUGUCGUUUUCCCGCGCUCCCAAAGAUGCACCUAUUUCGCCAUUGUAGCUUUCCUCGCCCUGGCCUCACCGCAAACGGGAGUGAUCUCAGUGAAAAUAACCCGUAGAGCGAUUAUUUUGGGAAUAUGGGGAAUCUCCUCUCUUGGUCUAAUCCUCUUUUGUUCUACUCAUAAUUUCAGCUGGGGGCUUAUGCAAGACCGAGGCAGAUGUUAUUGUCUUGAUCCAAGACAGCCAGAGCAUUUCUGAAGGGACUCGUCCAAGUAUACAACGUAUAGUGAAAACGCUACUGAAUUCACUGGACAGCGAUGACACCGACUACAAGUUUGUGAUGGGAAGAUACGGCUCAAAGACAAAAAUGAAUCGUUGGGGUUCAGCAGCUAAGGCAAUCUCCUACUUGAAUAAAAAUUACCCCAAGGGAGGACUUGGCCUCUACAACCGCUUAAUUCGCGUCCUAAAGAAAAGCGUCGCAAAGAAGUUCAACAAACAUUCAGCACGCAGGAAGGGUAAAGAUCCAGUGAAGGUAUAGGGUUGCGUUCAGGAUUUUGGGAUGGGAGGGGUGGGGCAGGGGCAACAUCAGCGUUAAACUAAAAUAACAAAUUUGCUAUCAAUUAAUUUGAAAAUGACUUUGAAAAUUGCGUUAACCUCCUUAAUUUAAACUCAAAAUGUACAAAUACUUACAUAUUAAGCCAUAAAGGUGCUUGCUAAAAACAUCUUUUCCUCUGAAUAUAAUUUAAUCUGUGUGCUGUUUUCCAAACGUACAUCUCAAUAUGUUUUCAGAUCGUUGUGCUCUUCACAGACGGAAACACAGAAAAUGGUAAAGGUCGUUUGUUGGACACCUUCAAACUCCUAAGUGUAGAAAAGAAGCUGAGCGGCAUCCAUCUUGUGGGUGCUCUUAUUCCCAACGUAAAAAACACACAGCGAAUAGAUCAGCUUGAAAGCAUCGUGUCCGACCCAAAUGAUGCGAUCAACAUGGAAUUUACCGAGGCAAACCUGAACAAAAUCGCCGAUCGCCUCGCCUAUCGGGUUAGACGAUUAUUGGUCUGUCGAGGUGAGAAGUCUCCUUUAAUAAUUUAGUUUGUUGCGUUCGUACGUCAACAUUGUUAGGUGACAUUUCCCAAGUAUCUCAAUAUAUCAUAAGGCCAAUGUCAAUUGGAUUGGUAUUCUUAUGAUUAACAUCAAGAUCAUAAUCAUUAUCUUUAACGUAAUCAUUUUCAUUUUCGUUAUCGUUAUCGUUAUCAUUAUUUUAACGUUAUCGUUAUUGUUAUCGCUAUCGCUAUCGUUAUCGUUAUCGUUAUUGUUAUCGUUAACGCUGUCGUUAUCGUUAACGUUAUCGUUAGCACAAACGUUAUCGUUAUCGUUAUCGUCAUCGUUAUCGUCAUCGUUAUCGUUAUCGUUAUCGUUAACGUUUACGUCAACGUUGUCAUUGUUUUUAUCGUUAUAGUUAUCGUCAUCGUCAUCAGCACUGUCACUCUCACAGUCGUUUUCAUUAUCACUAUCAUUAUCGUGGUGAUAAUCAUCAUCAUUGUUAUUGUCCUUUCGUUGUUGUUGUCAUUAUCAUUUUCUUCGUUAUUUUUCUUAUGAUUGUUAAUAUUUUCACAUCGAAGUUACCUACACGGUGGUUGUUUUCACCCCUACAAAAGACAUCAAGUCGAAGUUCCAUGUGUUCAUCAUGCUCGUCGGAACCGGUGGAAAAAAGACAGAAGACCUGUUGUUAUAUAAAGAAAAAGAGACAAAGCGAAAGUAGGCUAAUAACCAAUGAUUUCUUUAGAUUGCAAAAUCAAUUCUCCUUUCUGCCUGCCAUACAUUCCUUGUAAUGUCAGUAUUCCCUAUAGUUUACAUUUUUCUAAAUUCUCAUCACCUGUGUGUUUGACAGCACAAUAACAACGGAAAGGAGAAAUUGUCUUUUGGUCAUAAGUGAAAGUGAAAGUAUAAGACUCAUUGAACCAAGAACCCCUUCAAAGACCUUCAAAAUCUGAAAAUAUCGACAUCGUGUUUGUUACAGCUCAGUGGCACAUUAGCGGAAUGCUAAGGAUAUUUAUGCCGCUCCCCGUGGAGGACUUUAAUUAUUUCUUUCUCUUGACAAAACAAAGAACAACUUGCCAUAUUUUCCUUUAUGAUGCAUUUUUAAUCUCGGUCGCAAUUUUGGCAGUAUCCUUUGCAAUCGUUGUUGGAGGGGAAGAUAGUAAGUAGCGUGACGACACCAAACAACGGCUGCAGAGGCGACUACCAUUCUAGAGAAGGACCCAUAGGCACGGUGAUCUCAGAGAACUUGGAUGCGUGAUAAUUUCUACAAUGCUUUCUCAAUGCAGUCCGUUCAAAGCCAACGGAUAGUUAUCAAAACGUUAGGACAUAUCGUGAAGGAACUGAAGAUAACCCAUGAAGAAAAUUUAUGUUUCACAUCUCGAUGCUUGAACAAAAUUGAUUACAGAAAGUUCAUUGAUUUUUUUUUUCGCCCUAGAAAUGCAUUCAAAUUCAAGGUCCGUGGCAUUGAUGUUGGGGACAUCACAGAGGUGAGAAUCAAAUCGGAAAGAAAAAUCAUAACUGACGCAAGCUGGGAACUGAAAAAGGUACAAUAGAUGUAACGAAGAGACAUUUGUGCUUUUGCAGUCACCUCUGUAACGCUGUUUUAGUCUCAAAAAGCAUUUUUUUUCGUUUUUUUUUUUUUUUUUUUUAGGUUAAGGUUAAACAGGGUGACCAAACUGUAACAGCAGUAUUCAAAGAGAACAUUGGAGCCUCCGAUAAAAGUUGGAAAUCUGGUAGGGAAAAAUACUUAAGCCUUUUUAUUUAUUCAUCAUCUAUUUAAAGUUUCUUUAUACUCCUUCAUGGGUGGGGUCUUCCUUAGCGGUGGAGAUAGCGGAGUUUUCCGUGGGAUUCCUGUGGGACUUCUGUCCAUUGUGAGUCUGGUUGGCUGUUUAGGACAAAGAACCUUCUGAGGGAAGACGAUACUAACAAAAGAGAAAAGUGGAAAUAAUUUUAAAACUUAUUUAUAUCCGAAGAAAUGGCAAAUCUGAGUAAAAGCGCACUUUGAAAUGCACUGAAGGAGGCGAAAAAGGAGCCCAAAGUGGUCUGGCAAUGUACUUGCGAUUUCAAGGAGAUAUAACUUAUGUCAGAUCUCAUUUUGUGCCCAUAGAAGAUGAAAGUUUAUCUUUAAGCCAAAAACUAAACUCACAAAGAAACUAUAAAGUUUCCCCUCAACCCCAGUUUCCACGGUGCUAAGUGACAAUCAUUUCUGCUACUUCCCUGGAUUGGGUGCAAAUCCACCGCAAGAAUGUCUUUUUAUACUCCCGGGUAGAGAGAGACAUUCUGAUGAUAAACUAUGGUAAAGAGCUAAGCUCAAAGACACAGCUUUUUUUCGCUCGUCUCUAAUGAUCAAUAGCCUCAUGUGAUAACGUAUUUUUCAGCCACACCAAGAAAGCCUAAGGAAACAGUCAAUGCAUAAAGUCAUCCUCGAAGAAGGAAACCAGUAGAAGUGCAGAAGCUUAAGAUGCAAUGAUAAAGUUGUCAUACAUCGUAUAAAUAUAAAAAGUCUUAUUGAGAAAUAUGAAUGAAUUAAACGAUUAAAUAAAAUCAACCGAUAGUGUUUCAAUCUCCUUUCAUCAUGUCUACGAUAUUUCUAUUUCAUUUGUGCCUUUGAGAAUUUUUCCCCGUUCUGAAAAUUUGGAUAAAAUAAGGUAGACAUUCUGUCACACAUUUUGCGUGGUUAGCUGCGCUUGCACAAGACUUGACCCUUAGCAGAACACGUAUGGAGAUCAUGACAUCGACAUCGAUGUAAUGGUGAUUCCAGUAGACUGGAGAUCUGCUGGAAUCACACCCCUUAACAAGCAAGGUGAACGCGACGACGUAAAAAAUUACCUUUCGAUGUUGUGAGGCAGGUAUUGGAGACAAUAGUUUACGAACAACUAUGUGCCUAUUUAGAGGAGCACGAUGUGCUAUGCAGAUAUCAGUCGGGAUUUCGUGCUAUUUUCUCUGCUGUCACAGCUUUGCGUGAGGUAACUGACUCCUGGGCAUAUAAUAAAGAUAUUGGGAAAAUUAUUGCGGUUAUUUUUGGAGAUCUGAAGAAAGGUUUCGAUACCGUUGACCACGACAUUGUUCUAUCUAAACUUGACUUUAAUGGUAUAUCUGGGAAUUCAUUGAAAUAGUUGCAGUCGUAUUUAGAGAACCGCACACAACAAUUCUCAGUUAGUGGGUCCGUAUCUGACAGCCGUGUACUAACCUGCGGUGUCCCUCAGUGGGGGGGAGGAGACCAUCCUCGGUCCACUGUUAUUAUUAUCCUACAUAAACGAGCUUCCAAAUUAUUUGUCAAACUGUGAACCGAGGAUGUGCGCCGAUGACCGCCAUCUCACAUAUGCGGAUAAUGAUUGAGGCAGCAUUGAAUCAAGUCUUAGUGAGGACCUAAAUUGAAUGUGUAUACUUGGUUAACUGCAAAAAAAACUUCGAAUAUGACUAAAAACAAACCUAUACCGCUAGGAUCUGGCCAAACGCUAAAUACUCUUCUGCUUCCCAAUCAGUCACAGUGAACGGUACUCGGGUAAAAUAGGCUUUAACUAAAAAAUUCUUGGUGUGUAACAAUUGACGAUAAACAGCUGGAACUGCCACACCAAAAACCUAACAAAAAGAUCGCUUCUGGAAUCGGGGCCAUGAAACGUGUUAGGCACCUGGUUCCCCAAGCGACCUUACAUCUUAUAUGUACCAAGCUUUAAUACAACCUCCCUUUUACAACUACAGUACCGUUUAUAGAACCUGUGGGGUACCUUUACAAGACUAGCUGCCCAAAUUUUAGAAUAGAGCAGCUCGCGCGAUUCUGAAAUUCUCAAAUUAUGACACUGAUGCUGCCAAUUGUUCGAAAUUUUAGGGUGGAAAAAUCUUGACCGCUAGCAGAACAUGGCCACCAUGGUAUUCAAAUGCCUACCUGUAUGGGUUAGCUCCAGACUAUUUGACAUCGAAAUUCACUGAACGCAAUACAUGCUACGAACUGAGGGACUCCGAGAACCAACUUUAUGUUCGAUUACUACGCCCACAUUAUUCCAAAAAUAGUUUUAGUUAUAGUGGCGCCACAUUAUGGAAUAGCCUCCCUUGCGAAGCUAUUUGUGCGGAAUCGCUCACGUCGUUUAGACGCGCAAUCAUCAAAGUUCUCUAAGGCACGGCAGUCACGGAAGGUAGCUUCUUAAUAUAGUGUAGUUCAUAGUUAUAGUUGUGUAGUCAUAGUUUGAUCCUUUUUAUAAACAGCUGAUGGAUUGCCCGUGGUUAAGUAGAGUUUAGUGAUUGACUGAAUGAUCGAUUGAUUGAUCGCGCUCGUCCAACUCCUAAAUCCGCACUUCAGAGAUAGAUCAUGGGGCGAGGUGGGAAUUUUUAACGCUUUUUUUUCUUUCUUUCCUUUUUUCCACUGUUACUCAUGGAAUUCCAAUUUUCUUUCUUCUGGAUUAUUUUUCCCAGGAUUAGGGCCAAAAAACAAUCAAUCAAGAUGUUCCUCUAAUGAAUAGUAAAAGAUGUUCCUUUAGUGAAUGGUAAAAGAGCACAAGAAUCGGCAGGCUGAUCGUGAAUAGCAAGUGAAAAAGAACAUCUUGGGAGAAGUAAUUGCAUCAGGCGUUCUUUUUUCCCUCGUCGUCUCAUAUUGACCACUGUGCUACCAAACCAAAUAGUGCACUCCCCUGAACAAAGAACACUUGACUGCAGAUUAUUGCAUUGGCUUUAGUUCAAUUUUCGUAAGCAUAACUACUGAAUCUUCUACGCUGUCGAUCCCAUAUCAGCGUAAAUAUUCAAUGGACCCAACGAGGGUUUGCAUGACAAAAUCUUAAAACGUUGAUUCUACUUUUGUCUUUGCUGUUAUGCUCUCCAUUUAUUACAUUAUAACCAAUUGGAUCACCGGUUAAAUCCCACGCACACCAGCAAGAUCACCAUCCACGAAUGCUGGUCUCGGAGACUCAAACUUGAUGAUCGAAUUGGGAAGCGUUCGCUUACAGCUAACUGAAUGACUACAAUACCUAUUUCGAGAAGCGGUAUCACCCUCUAUUUCCUUGCUUUUCUCAAUCUCGUUACCGUUGCAAAGCCAAGGGCCCUUAAGAAGUUCACUCUUAAGGAGAGAGUAGUUACAUCACCUUUUUGGGGGGUAAUGCGUGGGAGAAUAUUUUCAACAUUUGACGAGAGGUUUGAAUGAUUCAAACGUGGGAGGGGACCAGUUCACUAGGUCGACAACCAUAGAUAACAAUUCCAAUGAGUUGCACGCAUUAUUCUUAGUAUAGUUGGUAUACAUAAUUAUUACUCGUAGCCUCAGUGGCCUACAGACUCAACCGGUAGUUUAGCACGGUCACAGUUAAACGAAAUUGAGGAGGAACUCAGAAAUUUAGUUUCUGUCAACGUAAGUAUAUUGAAAAAGAUCGUCGUUUAUUAUUUUGCAGUCCAAUUUGAAAUGAAAUCGUAUUUCAGUAUGCUCUAACGUAAGCAGUUCUAGGAUUUGAUUUUUUUUGCCAUUUUAAGUGAAGAAAAGUAGCAACACUUAAAUUUGUUUUCGCAAAAUGUUGUAAAGAUGUCCCUUAUAAAUGAUUACAUGUAGACCAUGUCCCCUCUGAAUUCAGAUUUAAAUAGCAGAAUGUCACUGAGAAAUUUGUUUUAGUUAGUUGUCAAUACUGUGCUCUUUGUAAGAUUUGUACGAGGGAAAAUUAUAUAAAUUUUGGUAACUUUUAUAACUUGCGCCUUCUUCUACAGGAUCAUUUUGGAACGAUGAGUAUUCUGUGUGUGUUUGUGGGAAUUGCAUUUCUUCUAAUGGACCUAAACUCUGGUAACCUCAGUUAAUGUUGUAUGAUUCAUAAAAGGAUCAAUGGCAAUGUUUCGCACAAAUUUCAGUGACACAGCGCUAAUUACAUGGAUGUCGCAAAGCGAAAAACUUCAAAUAACAAGACAUCGAAUUGAAAUUGAAAUUAUUGACGUGAGACUCUUCUCUGUCUUAUAAAUCUCCCUAUGGAACGAGGAACGCACGAAAGAGCACAUUUUUAUUGGGUGUGAUAAGACCAAGAAAGCUAAACUGCUAAAGAAAUAACGUAAGACAAUCAGAACAAAUAAAAACAGUCUCUUCCAUUUAGCGCAAAAAUAUGCACUGAAAUUUGUUUAGGGACACCAUGAAUAUUGUGAGAAUCGAGGAACAGAAAAUGUCCAAAGACAAAUAUGGGAACAUAUUUUCGCGCCAAAUGAAGGUUUUUACGUUUAUUAUCCUUGAAAUAAUUCCAUGUCAAUUCGUUACCCGCAUCCUUAUUUUAUAGGCUUAGCCUCAUCCAUAAGUGGCGGUCUGACUAAAGGUAAGUCUGUUUUUGGGUGGAGGGUGGAAUGGUUGGGACAUGGGAGGUUUUCUUAGCCAACGAAUAGCUGUUAAAAUUAAUGUAGUAUUUAAAAUAUCAAUUUAGUGAUUAUAAGAUCAGAAACUAAAACCUGUUCUAGAGACUGUAGAAUACGCUAGAGUAGGCAGCGUAGCUCAUUGGUUAAAGCAUUGGACUUGUUUUCUGCUAAUCGUAUUUUCGAGUCCUCAACCAUGUAACUUGCCAGCCAUUGUUCUCAGUUGUCCCCGGGUCAACUCCAUGGCUGCCUAUGUAAAUAGGCAAUUGGUUGGCUUCUCCGCACCAGUUGGGAUUUUCAGCCAUUUUAUGUGUAUUUAAAAAUAAAAAGUUUUUGUUUGUACAUUGUCCUUACAAAGCCCUUUCAGGAGUGCUCAUUCAAGAUUUUUGUUAUUGUUAUCAUUAUUAUCAUUAUCAUCAUCAUUAUUAUCAUGAUUGUUAUGAUUAUGAAUAUCAUAAUCAUUGUUAAAUCACGAAUUUGAAGAAAAAUAAGGUGCGCAUGCAAUCCUGUCUUAGCGAAAAGAAAUCAUCAUGAUUCAGUUCCAGGCCCCGGUUGUUCAAAGAGUGGAUAACGCUAUCCAACGGAUAAAUUCCUAUCCGCCGGGCAGCGCAAUAUGUUUCGUUAACACUUAUCCGCUGGAUAGUGAUUUAUCCGUUGGAUUGCGUUAUUCACCUUUUGAACAACUUGGCCCAGAUAAGAAAACAGAUAAAUUUGCAAUGCAGUUGUCCACUUCGAUUAAAAAAAUAAAUCUUUCUGCUUUCCUGUUUAUCAAUUAUAUCGUGGUUUUGAGAUCUUUUGUCGCAUGAUACUUGAAGCCCGAAUCAACUAUCAUGUACAUAAAUCGAGCACGAAUUAUCUAAUUGUAGUGAUAUAAAUUUACUAGUCGUUGAAAAAGUAACAACAUGGCAGGCUCAUGUUGUUUAUUUUCUUCUGUUUACAACCAUGCACUGUUAGGUUUUUCACUCUUCUCGACCAAAUGCUGUAAUCUAGUAGGCUAUGACACUCGUAGUCUAUCACGGAAUAAAAAGUAGCAUAGCCAAUGAGAUUGCAGCAAUCUUGAUAGACUGCUGGUGGAUUUUAAAAAGUGUGUUAAGUCUCAUUAGGAUAUGUUUUUCUGUCGUGCAGCAUGCCGUAUGUGGCGAAAUGCGUAGUUAUUGACCCCAAUUGAAAGUAUUCAAGUCUGGUAAUAAAGAAUAAUAUUACAUCUCUUAUUUAGCGCGAGCAGUAUGAUUGGUUAAUUUAGCAGGCCGUAAUUUAAUGUACGGCGCGCUAAUUUCAAGUUUGUUUGAAUUAAAAUCUUCCAAUUCUGUUUUAACCCAGAGAUAAUAUAAAUAUCUUACUAACCUCGUUUUCUCGGUCUCGAGUACAGAGCUUCGAUUUUUUCACUCGGAUUAUUGGCCCGCGCCCUUCGCGCUUGGGCCAGAAACUCGAGCGGAAAAACUCGGUCUGUAACUUACAGUGCGGACCACAAACCCGUUUAGUAAGAGAUAUAAACCGUAAUUGGGAGACAAGCGAUCAAACGGUCAUUAAUCAACUAAGACGACGAAAACUGACCAUGCAAUAUUUUUUUCACCAGCACAUAAAUGGGAGAAAAAGUCACUUGGCUUCAACCCAAGAAUUGAACAAGUUGCAGGAUUGGUGCAAGAAAGGUUGGGUCUUACUCUACUACAGGCUUACAGUAUUUUCAACUACGGCUGUUGGUGUGGCGCUGGUGGAUUUGGAAAAACCGUGGAUAACUUUGAUUUGUAAGUUGAGGGAGAAGAAUGUUGAAGGGACGCGCAGCAUACUGUGGAAACUUUGUGAUUCAUACUCUAAAAUGAGUAAAGAGCGAGACAAACGACCUCAACCUUUUUUUCCUCUUUUUGUGGCAUCAUCCGAUCUCUUACCAGCAUUCUGCGUUCACUCUUGCUGUCCAUUUCCAGUUUCAUUUUCCUUUUUCGUGGAUGAUCUUCAUUUAUCUUCUAUUUUUCUUUUAACUUCAGUUGUUGCAAGGCCCAUGAUUUUUGCGAGCUUGACUUAGUUCAACCGGCAAAAUGUGGUGGUAACUUUUUCAAUUUGGAAAACAGAUUUGAGUACAACGCGUCUACCGACACGUGCAGUAAGUAUUUUCAGAUGUUUUUUGUGUGUAAUAGCCUCGUUAGGUUUUGUCGUUGUGUGUUUCAUGUGGCCCAAGUCCUUAGCUCCUACCUUUCGUCGCAGUCACCUGUGUCGCUUCAGUCACGCGAUAUGAAAAAGAUUGAAUUGGAUCGAGAGCACGCGAGAGUAUUUCUGGAAAAUUUUCAAUGGCAAGAACACAGCGAUCCAACGUCGUUUCGUCGUCUUCUAAAGAAAACAUAAGAAAUAACCUAGCUCACGCAAAAUUGCUAAAAAUAAUUAAAAAUUUGUAGAAAUCUGUAAAAUGAGACAAACGGAAUAUCCCCCCUUAAAAGUAUUAAUACCAUUCUUUUCUUUUUAGCUCCCGCGAGUGAAUAUGAUUCGAAUGAUGUCGAAGUAGGGAAGUGUGGUUAUGCUGUAUGUCUUUGCGAUACGGAGCUACUCCGGUGCUUUAAAAAGUUUCAGAAUGUCCUUAACUUAACAACCUACGUUGGAUGGACGACAAGCAAUCCAGGAUUUUGCCCUAUCACAAGUAACAUUUCAACUUGACUUAGGAAACAUCAUGUUUUUAAGAAAUUAGCGGUGAAAGGGAAACUGAAUUUUACGAUCAGAAGUUGAACUCACAAGAUCCCGAAUCCAGCCAGAUAUUGCUUCAUAGUGCUGCAUAUUGUUAAGAUUGGUGAUAUUAAACGAGUUUUUGUGUGCAGGGAAAAAAAUUAAUAUUUUUUAUAAAGGGGAAACGAAUUUUGAGUGUGCUUAGACUCUCGUAAAGGAUAAAAUCUUUGGCACAGUCUACGUAUGGUUUUCAAACUCAUUUCACAUCAUUUAAGUAUGCAUGAGAAAUUUGCUACGUGAAAGACACGUAACAAGUAUUCGGAAAAAUGUACAACCUUCAAUGUGUUUUUUUUUAUACUUUUCGAUCAGUUAUUUUGUGAUUGUGGCCGGAUCUUUUCUCUCUUGGUUUGAUCCUCUCUUGUUCUGCUCAUAAUUUCAGCCGGUGGUUUAUGCAAGACCAAGGCAGAUGUUAUCGUCUUGAUCCAAGACAGCCGGAGCAUUUCUGAAGGGAUUCGUUCAAGUAUACAAUGUAUAGUGAGAACGCUACUGACUUCACUGAACAGCGAUGACACUGACUACAAGUUUGUGAUGGGAAGAUACGGUUCAAAAGACAAAAUGAAUAGUUGGGGUUCAGCAGCUAGUGCAAUCUACUACGUGAAUUACGAAUACCUCAAAGGAGGACUUGGCCCCUACAACCGCUUAAAUCGCGUCCUGAAGAAAAAAGUCCCAAAGAAGUUCGACGAACGUUCAGCUUACAGGAAGGGUAAAGAUCCAGCGAAGGUAUAGGGGUGUGUUCAGGAUUUUGGGAUGGAGGGGUGGGGCAGGGGCAACAUCAGUGUUAUACUGAAAUAAGAAAUUCGCUAUCACUUCAUUUGAAAAUGUCUUUGGAAAUUGCGUUUAUCUCCUUAAUUUAAAUUUCAGAUCGUUGUGCUCUUCACCGACGGAAACACGGAAGAUGGUGAUGGUCGUUUGUUGGACACCUUCAAACUCCUAAAUGCAGAAAAGGUGCUGAGAGUCGAAAACGACAUCAAUCUUGUGGGUGCUCUUAUUCCCAACGUAAACAACACACAGCGAAUAGAUCAGUUGAAAAGCAUUGUGUCCGAGCCAAAUGAUGCAAUCAACGUGGAAUUUACUGAGGCAAACCUGAACAAAAUUGCCGACCGCCUCGCCUUUCGGGUUAGACGAUUAUUGGUCUGUCGCGGUGAGAAGUUUAAGUUUAAUUUUCUAGUUAGUUGUAUUCAUUCGUCAACAUUGUUAGGCGACAUUUCCCUAGUAUCUCAAUAUGUCAUAAGAUCAAUGCCAACUGGAUUGGUAUUUUUAUGAUUAACAUCAAGAUCAUUAUUAUUAUCGUUAACGUAAUCAUUUUCAUUAUCGUUAUUGUUAACGUUAUCGUUAACCUUAUCGUUAUCGUUGACAUUAUCGUUAUCGCUAUCGUUAACGUUAUUGUUAACGUUAACGUUAACGUUAUCGUUAUCGUCAUCGUCAUCAUCAUCGUCACUCUCACACUCAUUAUCAUUAUCACUAUCAUUAUCGUUGUGAUAAUCAUCAUCAUUUUUAUUGUCCUUUAGUUGUUGUUGUCAUUAUCAUUAUCUUUGUUAUUUUUCUUAUGAUCGUUAAUAUUUUUACAUCGAAGUUCCCUACACGGUGGUUGUUUUCACCCCUGAUACAAGGAUCAUCACGUCGGAGUUUCGUCUGUUCACCAUGAUCAUAGGAACUGAUGGAAAAAUGACAGAAGAACAGUUAUUAACUGCUCCUGAGACAACACAAGGGUAGGAUAUUAGCCCUUUCACUUAGAAAAUCGCUUUAUCCACAUUCCUUCCUGCCUUUCAUCUCAGUGGUGGAACAAAUCAAAUUACCAAAAAAUUCUUCGGAAUUUUUACGUCUUCAGAGUAUCACUCAGUUACGAGUUCAGUGACAUAGAUGUUGGAGGCAUCACAGAGGUGAGAAUCAGAUCAGACAGACGAAUCCAAGGUCAGGCAGGCUGGGAACUAAGAAAGGUACAGUAGUUGUAAUGAAGAGACAUCAUCAUUUACGCUCUUUACACUUUUCCAGUCAGUUACUUAGCGCUGUUUAGUCUUAAUAAGUGUUUUGGUUUGUUUUUUUUCUUUUAGGUUGAGGUUACACAGGGUGACCAAACUGUAACUGCAGUAUUCAAUGAGAAUAUUGGAGCCUUCGAUAGCAGUUGGAAAUCUGGUAGGGGAAAAUACUUUUAAUAAGCUUUUGUAUUUUACCAUCCAUUAAAUGUUUUUUGUAAUCCUUAGUGGAUGGAAAUCUCGGAAUACUGUAUCGCUAUGGCGUGGAAGUCUAAGAAAGUGAAGAAAUGAGAAAGCAAAAUUCGUCGCGCAGAAUGCAUGGACGUCAUUACUUAUUCAUAACUGAGAAAUGGCAAAUUUGAAAAAAAGCGCGCCUUGAAAUGCUCUGAAUGAGGAAAAAAAGAGCCUAAACAGGGCAAGUGUUGGUAAAACUUGUAAAUUUAAGAUUUCCAGGAGUUAUGACUUAACUUCAGAUUUACAUGUGGGGCUUUUUGAGGAUGAAAGUUCAUUUUUAAUCCAAACAAUUAGCGCAUGAGGAAAGUAUAAAGUUUUUCCCCCAACCCAGUUUCCGCGGCUCUGAGUGAAAAUCGGAUUAUUUACUUCAACUGAAUUGGAUGCAAAUAUACUCAUCUAUUUGUACUACCGGGUAGAGAGAGAGACACUGUGAUGGUAAAAAAUGGUUAAGUACCUAGCAUGGGGCUAACUGGAGACUUCGGCACUUUGACAAUUACGACACCACGCCUUUUCUACAGCGUAUUUGCAAGGAAGGAACUAAGAGUGCUUGAACUUCGGCGCUUUUUGCGUAUCCCCUUUUUUCCGUUCGUCUCCCUUGGCCGAUAGCCUGUCAUAAGUGAAUGGGAAAAAAAAGGAUGUUAUAAUGUCUUUUUCAGCCACACCAAGUGAACCUGAGGAAACGAUCGACGCAUAAAGUCAAAUGCGAAGACGAAGGAGAGCAGCCAAUAGAAGUGUAGAAAGCAAAAAACACAGGAGUAAUAUCGUCAUAUAAUAAAAACCUUCAGUGUUUCAAUCUUCAUUUGCUGGUACUAUGAACAUGUCUAUUCUAUUGAUAUGCUACUUGAGUCUGUGCUUAUGAACUUUGCCCCGAUUUGAAAAUCUGGAUGAGAUAACGUUACAUCUCACUGGCCUACUCUUUUCUUUUGGCUAGUUGCGCGUGCGCAAGUCUUGUCUCAUAGCAUCUUGCUUGUCAGAAUCCUGAAUCCGCUCCUCAGAUAUGAAUCUAAAGUAAACUUAUGAAAGAGGGGGAGAGGGAGAGGGGUAGAGGGGGAGAGGGAGAGGGGAGAUGGAGAGGGGAGAGGGGGAGAGGGGAGAGGGAGGGGGAGACGGGAGAGGGGGAGAGGGAGAGGGGUAGAGAGGGAGGGGAGGGGAGAGGGAGGGGAGAGGGGAGAGGGAGGGAGGGGAGAGGGGAGAGAGAUGGGGGAUGUUCAGUCGCGAGUCGCGUGCUGCGUGCAGACUGGUCCGUGCAAAAAUAUUUGAAGGAACAUAAUAAUAAUAAUCAUUGUUAUUACUAUGUUGGAGCUGAGGCUGAAAGUUCGUUUUUCUUUUCCGGAGAUUAAGGCUUGAAAAUAAUACUAAGAUGUUUCCUCUGUUGAAUGUACUUAUCAACUUAAUAGUGAGAUAUGGACGUGAUCAGGAAGCCCAUUAAAGUGAAAUUUUUGCUGUAAUGUAGUACCAAGUUGCUUGUCACAUACUUAGGCUAUGUGGCAUACUGCUACAAGCAAUAUGUGCCACCAACAAUACCUAUCUUAUCUAGAUUUUACAAAGAACUUUGAUAAGAAUGGUUUACACUCUUUAUUAUUUGUAAGCUCCCAUGGAUGAAAACUUUAAGGCUGAGAUUGACCAAAAUUUUAAGAAUAUGCUGAUGACACAUUGGCUCAACAGCUGUCACCAACUACUGACACAAUACAAAUGAUUUAUUAAUGAAAUUUACUCUUCAGACGAACCGAAUAGGACAACUUAACAUUUCGAUGCAUGUGACCAAUCAGGACAGACUAUGCACCAUAACGUCACGGCCAAACUGACCAAUCAGUUUACGCAAACCGGACUUGUAACACUUGACCGACAAUAAUAAAUCUCUAUUCGACUCUAAUGAUGACUUCCGCUAAGUUUGUUAAAAUGUCAGUCACUAUUACCAGUAACAGCCCUUCCGGCUAAGAAGAUCUGACUGCUCGAUCGAAAUAUUGGCUGAAGGAAUCUCAUCUUUACAUAAUGUCACGCAAUCUCUGCGAGCUCAGAUUUCCACGCGUUGCGUGUAGAAGUGCUGAAAGCUGUCUCAAAGAAAUAAUAAAAAAGAAAGCUUAGACAUGAAUUAAUUUGCUGAAUUCGAAAGUUUUCGUUUGCAUCAACUCAUUUUGUGGUUUUUCAUGACCUCGAUAAUUGAUAACCUUUGCUCUCUUUACUAUAACUAUUGAUUGGUCACGGGAAAUGUUCUUGGUAUGGAAACAUAAGUCACGUGACAAAGAUAAGGCUCGGUGAAGAUUAUGGCGAAGGAAGGCUUCAAAUGGCGGAAUUGAGACCGUCAGACUGGUUGACGUUGAAGAUUUGAAGGAAAGAAUAUCUGUUUUCGACGUACAAUCUAAGGUAUGGAUUUACGGUUUGGUACUUAUAUUUGUUGGAAUAGUACCGAACUUGAUGCCUUUUUGAUGGCUUGACCGCAAAAAAAUGGCAAUCGUACGCACUGGAAUUUGAUUCAAAUAGCGCGAAGAAUUCUUUCGUACUGAAUAAGUUGGCGCAUCGUUUCCGACUGCUGGUGAAUAUUGAAAGGGCUAUGAUGUUUAUGAAUAAGUGCAUCAGGUUUUAAAGAAUCAACGUUGUUAUGAUAAUAUUUUGUACCUGCACAGCGAGGUAUGAUCAUAAGGUAAUCACCAACCUUGUCGGAUUAAGCGCUGCACUGAAAGAAAUAUUGUUCGUUCGGUAAUUCUCGCUUUUAAUUCGAUAUGACAGCGAAAUUUGCCUCAGUACCGUAAGAGAAAUUGUAGUAAAAUGUGCACAUAUUCAACACGAAUCGUUGACCGGAAAUCCGCGCAGAAGCUUCUGCUACGAACAAGUGUUCAGUGUACUUCUUGAUUACAAGCAUUCUUUUUUUUUAAUUACUACUUUUUCCGUUUUGGAAUGUUCUUAGGAAAUUUUUUUUUUACAGGGCGUAGGUUUAGCAGUAUAUGUUUUUGUAGAAGUGUCUUGAAUCUCUUCAAACUGACAACUGAACACAUAAUAAGCACAAUGUUGAGGGGACAUAUCAAAGGCGCGCAUCUGUUUCCAUUUUCCAAGUCUUCAUGUCGUUGUAGAUCUAGUUUCUUGUUUUUAACCGUAUUUUAUUGAUUCUAGUUUAUGUAAAAAGUGCUAAUUUUAGUUAACUGAAGCGAAAUGACCCUACCCGAGUCGACGCCUUUUGGAUGUUUUGAAUUGCGAUGAGAGAUCACAACUGAAUAUUAUGGUUGAUCGAUCUGCGAUUAAAUCCGAAUAAAAUCAGGGAUAUUUCUUACGCUCCCAUGAAUAUAGAUUAUACUUAUUAGUGCCAUACGAUUUAUUUCGAUAUCUUGAAGUUAUAUUUGAAUUUUCUAAAAAAAAAUCAAUUUAAGGCCUAUCAAGUUUGCGAAACCUUAAUUAAUUUAUAGGAGUUAUUCGAAAGAUGUACCAAGGCUUUCACUGAUGUUUACACAGAAAUGUUUUCCCUACUACCAUCCGUUUUUGCGCAAAAAUACAUUUAGAUGUAAUCUAGGCGGUGGGUUUUGUUGCACGAUAGUAUUGUACAUUUUUCAGUUAAGCAGAUUAAAUUAAUUCCUGUGAAUUGGCCUCAGGGCAAAUAUAAAUACUGGAUAAAGAAUAUUUCAGGGUAACACAAACAGGGACAUCUUUUCAAGAUAUUCACGUCUAAGAGGCGCAUUGUGUACCGUUAAUAAAGAAUUGUGACAACUUUCUGUCUUGUUAGUGAGGUCAAAAUGAAGGAGGCUAAAUUAAGUCAAGAGUCUUCUGUACAGUUUAACCCUAAAACAAAGCAGUUGUGAGUUCAAUCAUGUUUACAUAGGUGAUUCUUUUUAAUGUGCUCAAAUGACUUUCUUUGCCUUUUAGGAAAAUGAUGGAAGCAACUACCUCACCUAUCUUGGCUGGCAAGUGAGUGAACUUGUUUACAUUAUUUUGUUGUAAAAACUGAAAAUCAUGUCUUACUUUGCCUAGGGAUACAAUCCAAUUCUAAUUUCUUAAAAUAACCCAAUAAUUUUCCUCAAGCAGGAGGAUUAUUUUUGUGUGGAUAGUAAUCAUUCUUAAUAAAGAAGCUGACACUGGUUUCUCAUAUACUUCAAGUAAUUAUUAGCCUCGAAUUUAAUUUGAAAAUUAAAGAAAUCCGUCUUAUAGACAGUGUAAAUUUUGGGAUGCAUGAAUUGAGUUUGACAGACAAAGAAAUCAAUUAAGCUUAUUUCACAAAGAGAGAACUGGGGUAUUUGUGGUGCUAGACUUGAAUAAAUGAAUUAGAACAGUAGAUUUCACUGUAUUUCAGCAUAUAUUUAUUACUUUUAAAGAAGUUACCAGCUUGAUCACCCUUUCUAUUGAAUUUUUGUUCUUUGCCAUGUGAGUUUAUUGGUUAGUUUUAUAGUAUCCACAUCCUUUUUCACUCAAAUGCUUCCAAUGAUAGCUUUGUGAAUAGGUAUACAGAUGAGUAAUUAAUUAUGAGUUAUUUUUAGUGGAAUAAGUCUGGGAUAAGUUAGCUUAAUGUUUGGUGACUUAGACUUGAGUUUGCACAAAGGCAAGCUGUAUUCACCACAAGUUAUAUUAUAUCUCUGCUUCAAAGGCUUAAAACAGCCAUGGUUGUUGCUUUUUUCCAGAUGAGAUGCUGUUUUAUUACUUUUUAACCCAAAUUGUCGGGUUUAUGCUCGCAAAAGACCAGCUUUUCCUUAUAUUCCUGAUUGGAGAGCAGAUGAAAAUCAAGAAUCUCACUCUAGAACAUGUCAUAUUGAACUUUGCCAGGGUUUAUACUGACAUCAUUUGGUUGGGAGUCUACUUUUAUUGGUAUCAUGUUCACAAAUGUCUUAAAAGAGUUUAAACCAAUCGUCCAAGUAGUCCUGUUCUUAACCCUUCAAGUCCCAGAUCAAAUUUGUAAUUCUCCCUAUUGUUAACCAUACAAUUCUUAUAAUGUUAGUUCAGGGAAUUUAAUAUUGGAUCAACUAAGUAUCCCCAAAUUGAUAUUUUUCUUUAUUCUCAUCACUUAUCUGGUUGAUAUUGUAUUGAUAUUGUUAGGAGAAAUUCUGUCUUGGUCACUCAUGGGAGAGAAAGGGUUAAUUUGCACUCUGCUUAAUCAUAGAUUUUAGUGCUUUUUUUUUGGUAGGUAGUCCUUUGCAGUUUGUACCUCAGAUUGAAAUAAAAAGCAUGUACACAUUGUACUUCAGAUUACAGAAUGUACAAGAUCUACUCUGUAGAAAUUGAAUUUAUAGUUUACAUCAUAUCUUUCACAUGUGCCAGGUGAAAUUCUUUUAACAAGUGGUAUUGGUGACAUUGAAACAAGAAUACUAACUGAAAUGCAAUCCAAAAGGAUAUCUAACCAAGUCUAUAAGUGAAAAGCAAACUAAAUGCAAGGGUAGUCAAGAAAAAAACCUAUUGGGAAGAGCUAGUAAUUGGAUAAUAUCAAACAGCUUUAUUCCAUGUAAACCUUAUAUGCUUGAAUUAAUUAAUUCUUUUCAGCAUCUUGAAUGAAUCUAUACCCAAGGAUGAAGCUGAUCAGCUCCUUCAAGAUCUGUUUCAUGAGAUGAGUAAGUAAUAUUUGAUAAUAGAACAAGUGCUAGAGUGUUGUUCAUACUUCCAAUCCCUGGGGUGAUCAAAAGAGAAAUUUAUCUUUUCAAAAUCCAUUCUUACUGUCAAGCUUAAUGGCCAAGAGAAAAAAAAGACAAAAAAAAUCAACCUAAGAAUGUUUUUUGAUGGAACAACAAAUUCUCAGAACUUACAGUAGAUGUGUCCAGCUGACAGUGUGAAGAAUCAAUAUACACUAUGGUAUUUUGGAGUUUAACCCUUAAACUUCCAGAUCAAAUUUGUCAAUCUCUUUACUGUCAACCAUACAAUUCUAAUAAUGUUAGUUCGGAGACUUUAGUAUUGGAUCAAAUAAUUAUCCCCAAAUUGAUAUUUUUUUUUUAUUCUCAUUACUUAUCUGGUUGAUAUUGCACUGAUAUUAUAAGGAGAAAUUCUGUCUUCAUCACUCAUGGGAGUUAAAGGGUUAAACCAUACAUGCAUUACGUUAUCUCUGUAAUGUAACUAUUGUUAUUGCUAAAUAUAAAGAGUGUCUUCUAAUAUGUUCAUGGUGAGAUAUGAUGCAUUCAUUUUUUAAUGUGCUUUUUCCUCUUUGUUUUGUGUGCCUUUUGUAGAUGAGGAGAGUUUUGAUGAAAUAAGAUUUGCAGCUUACAGGACAGCAGCAAAACUGCUCUUCAUUCAAAACAAAACCAACUGUGAGUACAUGGUAUAUGAUAUAUGAUACUUUUACCAGGUGAUUUUUACUCAUCUUAAAAGCAGAAAGUCCACUACACAUCACCCUUUAGACUUGAUAUUCAGAUGCUGUUCUGAGAGUAUACCUACAAUUCUUCCCCAAAGGCUUGCUUAGCUUGAUGUCCAGACUAAUUUAUAACAUUGCUGCAACUAAUUACUCUAUUUUCCUUACACACAGUGCACUUGGUUGAUGUGUUUAACAUGAUUGAAGCAUUUCGAGAAAAUGGCCUGAAUACUCUCGACCACAACACAGAGCUCCAUGAAACAAGGCUGGAAGCAAUUGUAUCAAGUAUUUUUUAUGCUCUGAACAAACGGCUUCCCACAACUAACUACAUUGAUGUAGAACGAUCCAUAAGUCUGGUCACCAACUGGCUUCUCUAUGCGUAUGACAGGUAAGGUUAAGGGUGAAAUUUUUUUGAAGAACAUCGUGCAAUUUGAACCCAUUUACUGUUUUUUAAACAAAGCUUUGGGAAAACAUUUUGAAUACAUUGUACUUGUUUCUGAAAAUUGGGAGGAAUUGGCUAAAAUUUGGUUAUAUUGGUUGAUGUAGUUGAAGUUUCUGAACAAAAAAAUUUUUGGAAAAAAGGAAAUUAUUUUUAAUUGUUACCAAGUUGUGAGGGAGACUACAUGACAGGCAAGUCUCAUCAUCUCUGCCAAAAAUUGACUUUCUUUGUAGUUAGUUUUCUCUUAAUUUUAGUGCCCCUGUGGCUAUUUCUGCUCUUUUCUUUUCUCUUCUACUCUGUAGGUUUCUGCAAUAAUUAAUAAUUUGAUACAUGUAUGAUGGUUUUUUCCCCUAUGAUUGGCAGGAACUUGAUUGGUAUGUUGCUCUUUUUUUGUUUUCAGUGAUGCCAUAGGUAGAAUCAGAGUGCUGUCAGUGAAAACUGCUCUUUCUACACUCUGUGCUGGACGUCUCAUAGAUAAAUUGAGAUGUAAGAACUUUUUAUUCUUGACCUAUUAAUCAAAUGUGGUAAAAAUGUAUUUGAUUUAUUAUUUAAUCUUUUGCUCAUUGUUAAUUUAGUCAUAAAAGAGCUCUUGACAAAUGUGCCCAUGCAUUUAGCUUAAUGUUUAAUUAUUGAUAAGUAACCUUUCCUUUUGCGUAUUUCACUUUUCAGAUCAUUUUUCACAAAUUGAGGAUGACAGAGGUUAUUUGAACUUCCCCAAGUUUGAAGCUUACUUAAGGGAAUUAUUGCAGGUCUGUGGAGAUGUUCAUAAAGAUAAAUAUUAUGAACUAGAUUCUAAACUUUUGUAGUACAGCCUUUAACCAGGCUGUCAGUUCUAAUAAAAAAAAUAGUAAUAAAUUUAAUACUUACAUGUAUAACACACACAUAGUCUUAACAUAUGCUCAUACACGCAAAGAGAGAAACAAAUAAUUAAUAUAGAAAUAAAGUGCUUGUAAAUCCCUACUGGCAGGAGGCAGACCAGUUGGCUAUUUACACAGUGCAGGCGAGGAUUUUAACUCAGGGCAACCAAGAAAAAAUCUAAUGAGUAGUCAGGUGGAGGGCUUGAACCCAGGGCCACUAGAUUACAAGUCCAGCACCCUAACCACUCGGCCAGGCCGCCUCCUGUUACUGCAGGACCAGAAACAAAGCCUGCAAGGUUGGAGCCAACCAGCAAGACAAGCAUCAGAGAGGUUUCUGAGGGAUCUGGCACUAAAACUUUUCUUGCCAAAAACCUGCAGAUCUUUUGCAUGCUUGCAUCACUGCUGGCUCAGAAUCAGUGGCUUCUGCCACUCCUGUAUCAAUUGGCUGAUAAGAACCUGCUCAAAGGCAACAGUCAUACAUGUAGUCACACAAUGCAUCAGAAAUGCAGGUUGAAUUGUAAAAGCAUGAGCCACUCAGAUCUUGUUCAGGUUGACCCCUCUGAAAGAAAUUAUAAAAUGACGCAUUCACUAAUUUUUAACUACAGUAUCAUGAAAGUUUGAUGUUUGUUCUCACUUUUCUUAGCUCCCUGCAGCGGUUGGAGAGGCACCCACAUUUGGUUUCUCUGAAGAGAUUGUGGUCAGGUUCUUCAGUCCUGAUGGGGUAGGAAUAUUGAUUGUCACUUUCCUCUGUCUGCCUAUAGCUUUUAUCGUAGCUUUUGUCAUCGGUGAACAUGCUGUUCUCGAAAACUGGUUCAUUCAUCUCACCAUUUAUUCAAAAACUGAUAAGUUCUACUUGCUUAUUUUAAUGGUGUUUUGUUGCAGUAUGAUAACCUGUCACGACUAUGUCUUGCUCUGACUUGUAUGCAAAUUUUUAAGAGAAAUGGGAUUUGCUUUUUGUUUCAAUAUUUGUCAAAUCAUUGAUCAAUGUAAACCAAAUUGCUCGCAAAAUGGGAAUGGAAAAAUUUACAGCAGGAUACAUGUAGUUCAAGUUUGUUUAAGACUCGCCACUCAUCAAGCUAAUUGAGACUGAUUCAAGAUACCAACACAACAGUUUUAUCUUCUUUGAAUGAUCCCUUUUGUAGUUUCCCUAGCCCUUUGACCCCUAAGAGUAGUUAGCAUCUAAUUUCUCCCUACAUUAUUACCUCUGGAUCACUCAUUCAAGUCAUGAGAAUAAAGGAAAUGAUCACCAACUAAAGAUGCUCUUGAUUGUUAAACAAAUUCUCCUUGUCAACAUCUUAGGAAAUUUAUAGUGAACAGUAUAGAGAAUUGCAUUCUUGUGUAAGGGUGUAAAGAGUUAAGAGGGUUGACAUGAAUUAAAAGAAAAGCUGUUAGCUCAAUUGGUUAGAGCGCUGGACUGUUGUGCGGGAGGUCAAGGGUCGGACCAACGCUUAAGGUCUUAAAAUAACUGAGGAGAAUGUGCUACCUUUCUAUAAUAUCAAGAAAUGGAUAGACAUUCUAGUCUUCUCGGAUAAGGAUGAAUAAACCGUAGGUCCCGUCUCCUGCUUCUAUUAAUUAGUCAAUUUGGUUAGGCAGGGGAUGUUAAAGAACUCACUCGUGAGAUUACUGUGAUGUGGUCUGGCCUUUUUACUGGAAAUUUGGGGGGGGGGGUCUGGCCUUGUUAUUGUUAAUGUGGGAUCCACUGUAAUUGGCUAAAGCUGCAGUGGUCUCCCUGCCUGAGAUAAUUAGGCGAAGCUAAAUAAAUAAAUAAGUAAACAGUCACAGCUAGGAUAUUCACAACAUAGCAUAAAUUUCACAAAAUUAUGUAACUUAUUUGUUCAAACUUUUCCCUGAAGUGGUAACUAAAAUAUUUAUAUUGCAAUUGAAAAUGUUCACCAUAAUCUAAAAAGAUUUAACCUAUUUGUUAUUACACAGUGCUUGGUGUUUAACUGUUUAUGUAUACAUGUACUGUUGACAUUCCUCAAUAUAUAAAGUGCAAGUACUGUGUACAGUUAAAUACAGUGUUAUCCCUCACUGAUUUGGUGUUUUUUCUUAUUUUAGCCCUUGAAAAGAAAUGAAACAGUUCUUCUUAAUUUUCUUGAGUGUGUCAUGGGCACUGAUGCUCCCCUUUGCUAUGUUUGGCUUGGAACCAUGCAGAAAAUGGCCAAUGCUGCAAAAUGUAAGUUUUAUGCAUGAACAUACCUUGUUGUUAUGUUUUUGGUUUUCUUUCUUCUCAUUGCUGUUUGGGACCAUGAAGGGUUUUUAGCACACAAGACAUGAACAGUUUGAGUAGCGGAAACAAGAUAAUUUGGUUUUAUCAACUAGGUUGACAAUGUAAAUUGCCUGUUGUAAAGAGUUCAAAGCUGACAUUUGAGUGUUAGCCCUUUGUCUGAGCAAACGGGGAAAGUCUGUUCAGAGGAAAGGGCAUGGGCAGGGUGAGCAAAGAGGUAAAAGGGAGAAUGAGAGGAGAAUGGUAAGGAAGAGUUAGAGAUGAUGUUUUUAGGCGAGGAGUAUUGAUCCAUAAUUUCAGUUUAUUUUUAGUGUUUUUUCAGUAUUUUUUUGCAGAGAUUGAAUUUUCAUUUUCUUCUUAUCUUCAGGUGAACAUCAAAUUCCUUGUCAAGUUUGCAAGACAAAGCCUGUUGUGGGCUUCAGGUAAAGUGAUGUGUUUUAGUAAAUAUACAGGUACAGGUAUAAAAAAAUCAUCUGCCAAAAUUAGGAAAUAAAAGGUGGAAGUUGCCUUUGUGUGAUUGUUUGAGAACACUGGAAAACUGGACCUCUCACAGUUUUUAUUUUACUUGAGGGGGCACCAUUGUCUUCUUGGUCUCUCUGUCUUUGUGUGAGUUAGUCAGACUACUGGAAAACUGGACCUCUUACAGUUUUUAUUUUACUUGAGGGGGGCACAGUUGCCUUCUUGGUCUCUCUGUCUUUGUGUGAGUUAGUCAGACUACUGGAAAACUGGACCUCUUACAGUUUUUAUUUUACUUGAGGGGGCACAGUUGUCUUCUUGGUCUGUCUUGGUUAGCUUUUAUAUUGAAGGUCUGGGUUCACGAACUGGCUUGGCGUGACUAAGUUGUACUCUUUGAGAAAACCCUUCAUUAUCAUUGUGUGUGUUUAGCAAAUGCGUUACAUCCUCCCAGUUUGCUUGUGCUGCAUUCCCACCUACCAGUUUGCAUACAGUAGCAUUUCUCAAAUACAUGUACUGUAUAUCAUUCUUAAAAGAUCAUAAAGUUAAGUGAUUAUGGCUACAUAAAUUGCACAUCAUGUUUCAAUUGCUUAAGCAGACUUUGACUCACACAAACACACAGUGUCAUCAUUAAGUGAAUCUUGUAGUCAUGUUAAUAAGUGUUUCUAGCUUUCCAAAAACUUAAAGGUUUCCACAACUUAGGACAACAUACUGGUGUCUUCAUUAUGUGGCCAUGUUCAGUAUGAAACUUGUCUCUUGAUUCUUUAAUCUUCUCUCCAAUAAUUGAACCAACUAGAUGUUCAUUUAAAGUCGUGUUUCCUCUUUUUUUUAAGGUACAAAUGUCUUCACUGUUACAAUUACACUCUCUGUCAGGUACACUCUUUGUUCCUUUAUUUAUUCUCUCACAAAUGUAAUUGUAGAUUGCUGCCUGUAAGGCGCCUGUAAUUUUCAAGUUCUUUUAUGAUCAGGGUUUGCAUGGGUCCUAGAAAAACUUGGAAAGUCCUGGAAUUUUAUUUUGACAUUUUCCAGGACUUGGAAAAGACUGCAAGUCCUGGAAAAUCCUGAAAAUCCUGAAAAUCCUGAAAAUCUGCUUUACUCGAGCAACAAAGUUUUCACAAUUUGCACUUUAAUAGUUGUAAGUAGACUGGUAGGAGAACUGAUUUUGAUCGAGAGGGUUUAAGGUGAAGUCCUUGAAAAUCAAUCUGAGUUCUGGAAAAUCCUUGUGUGAACCCUGUAUGCCUCAAUGUAGCGUUAGGUCAUGGAAAACGACUCUAUUUAGUAACAGGAAGAUUAACCGACAUGUUGUUUGACUUAACAGGAAUGCUUCUGGAGAGGAAAGUCUUCACAGGGCCAUAAACAAGAUCAUGAUGUGCGAGAGUACUCCACUUGGGUAAAUAAAUAUUUGAAUUGUACAAUUGUUUUUACAAUUUCAAUUCAUGGCCAUAUUCUAGUGCUCGCUUGUUGAAUAGCAUCUUCAUAUUAACCCUUAACACUGUGAAGAGUAAGCAACAACUAAUUUCUCCUUACAAUGAUACUGCUAUUCACUAAGAUCAUGAGAAUAAAGAAAAUGAUCGCCAGUUAAGAAGUUUUGAUUGUGGAACAAAUUCUCCACGUCGGCUCUUAGAGAAAUUUUUGGAGAACAGUAUGGAGAAUGUGCAUACAGAUGUAGGGUUGUAAAGGGUUAAAAUUGAUUCUGCAAACGAUUCAGCAAAGUUCAUGCUCGUGCAGAACAUUGUGGGUGCAAAGAAAUCUUUCUGUUUUGUUACACUUCCUUCUGUCGCAGUACGCGCAUUGAAAGAUUUUCACGUGAUUGAUGGCACGUACUUGCACGUGUACGCGUGUAUUUUUAUGGACCUUGAUGAUUUGUAAUUUUCGUGAUUUGUGGGUCAUCCGCGGGUAAUUCCCACCUGACGCUCUUUACACAUUUGCUAUGGUGUUGACACGGAGGGUUUUUUGCGACAAUCAAGAGCUGUUUUAAUUGGUGAUCAUUUCCUUUAUUCUCCUGACCUUGAUGUUUUAUUCAGCAGUGAUGUUGUUAGGAGAAAUAGGAUGCUAAUCACCCACAAGGGCUAAAGGGUUUAUCAAAGUGAUUGUAAAAGAAGGUUGGGAUUCUGGAUCAAUAUCAGUAUCUGGGCAACUGCCCACCUACCCCUCCCCUAACUCAAAAAUAAUCAAUUGAUAACAAGUUAGGGUUAAUGUUGGGUUAGGGGAGGGGUAGAUGGGCAGUUGCCCAGAUACUGAUAUUGAUCCGGGAUUCUUACCAUUCGCCUUCGAGUGAAAAUAUCCUCUGCUAAAACCAAAACGCCCCCCUUCCCUCUCCGAAAAAAAAAAGAGAAAAAUUAUAAGGAAGACUCCUUAGGCAAUGUUAGGCGUUGACUUUCCUUUUAUAAAAAUGCUUCUGAUUUGCACUGCAACACGUAUACUUUGUCAAAAUUCGUGUUUCAGAACGCUGGCGAGAGAGGCAAUUCUCUCCGAAGUAAAUUUCUCUGCGGUGGAGGACGAAAGAAACGACCUUCCCUGCCAGAGUACCCCAGGGAACCAGAGCCUAAUAAGACACUAGAUGUCACGAACAUCAUGUAAGUAUGGUAACAUUUAGCCGAAUGUGUCAGACGCUGUUUCCCAAUGGAUCGCAUGUUUUGCUCGAGACGCGAGGUCGAGAGAUUCAGAUUAAAGUACUGGCAAGAGGUAUUUAGUAGUUUCGAAGGAGCUACAUAAAUUUAGUCUUCAAAAUCCGUGUCGAUGAAGUAAUUUUCAAUUUCAAGUUAAUUUUGAAGCGAUCCGGGAUUGGUUUGGUUUUGCUUUUCUUCGCUUUGUGAUUGGUCUAGAAAACUCUCGCUACUUUUUCGACCAAUCAGAUUCGAAACUGAAAUCUAUGACGUUUUGGUCACCCGAGUUUCACGUGCUUAUGGCAAUGUGGGUGUUUUAACUGGGCUCCUUGGUUCUGCGUGAUAUUUCCUAGCUUCUGAUUGGCUGUUGGAAUUACUUUGGUGAAUCGAAAUGCGUUUUGUUAUCCUUACUAAGUACUCCUCGUCUACUUUUUGUUUUAUCUUACCUCUUGGGUGUUGUCUCAUUGAAAAAGUUUACGGCUACCUUGUAAAUAAAUGGCGCAGUAAUAUCGUGAUGUAAGCCGAUGAAAUGGUACCAGUGUGGGAAACCUGACAAAAUACUGUUUGCGAACUUAGCUCAACAUUCGUCUGCCUGAAGGGGAAUUUCUUGAGGCAAGAUUCUCUGUUGGUAGGAGCUAUGAGAAGGAGGAAAUUUUGGGAAAAAACCUAGAGUAAUUUUAUCGCCACCCGGGACUUCCGCGUCACCGUGAGGACAACUCUACUAACUACAUGUACGUAAUAGAGUGACACAUCGCGGGCCAAUUUGAGCUACGUUUCAGUAAAAGUAGUGGAUUAAUGAGGUGAAGAGCUGUACACGAGGAUAGAUAACGGAUGUAAGGAAACGAAGUUUUCGUCCUUUUCUACUGAUAACGGCAUCCUUUUCCGCGUUGAGUAAUCGCUUAUUUACAUUGUGUCGAGACUUGAUAAAAAACGCCAAAGGUAAACUGGACAUUUGAGAAGUUUUUAUCAUUUUUCCAGUUGGCAUUUGAAGAUAAAGGAACGCCCGGUUUACCUACUUUCUCGACCACAGGCUGAUAUUAACAUUUGUUUUUUUACUGUCGUAAACAAUGUACACGUCAGAGGAACUCGAUUGGACGAAGUUAUUUGAUUGCAAAAAGCUGUAUCGAUGGGCGGUCGGAGGGCAGAUGAGACUAGGUUGGUUAUCAACACGACGCUGAUUAAGGGAGACAAUCUUCAAAAGCUGAUGUUGCAAGCUUUAGCCUCCUUAUGGUCUUGAUAAAUCAGUUUGAGAGCUCUACUCAUCCUGUAUCGGGUGAUUCGAGAGUCAAAAGCAAGGCGAUAAAUAGAAUUUCGUUUUGACGGAAAGUUUCUUUGAGAUUGAGUUGUAGAACCAUGAAGCUCAUCUCUUGUUGUCAACAUGCACGGUCUUAUUAAAGAUUCUUAACUACCAAGAUUUCUCGUGGAAUUCAAAGAAUUAUUUUUGACCACAAGCUAUGGAACAUUUCGGAAAAACGAGCGAAUUUGUUUUAAAGAUGACAAAGAAAGAUGUUUGUAAAUCUCUGAAAGUUUGAACCUUUUAGAAUGAAUGUUUCGAGUUCCAAAUUAUGGCAAUUCUUCAGUUUCAAAUGCAAUUUUUUUUGGAGAACUUGUCCAACAAUCAAGAGCUUCUUUAGUUGUUGAUCAGUUCCUUUAUUCUCGUGACCUUUAAGUGUGAUUUCGACGUAAUAUUGUAAGGAGAAAUUAGAUGCUAAUCACUUUUAAGGGUCAGAGGAUUUAGAGGAAGCCGAAUUUCAAUUUCCUGAUAAACACCACGAACACUGAAAUUUUCUUUAUUUUCUUUUCAAUGUACACUUUUAUCGUAGUAUUUGGUUUAGGUUUUUUUUUAUAUCGACAAACUUUGGUCUUCUAAUCUUGGAAUAACACUUUGUUUCUUUAAUCUUGGAAUUUAAGUUUUUGAUUUUACUUUCAUAACCGACGUGGAGAGAAAUUAUAGAAGGAUUGGUUGCCUGCAGAUCGUUUCACAACGCCAAAGUGUUAUUCGUGAGAUAAUCUUUACUUACUUUUAAAGUAGCAGCUAAUUUGAUAAUGGAUUAGCUGAGUUCAAUAAAUGAUAACAAAAGUGGAAAAAAAUAGAUACACUUGCUACAUUUCACGGUAGAUUUUGCAAGGAUGAUUAAUGGAAUGACGCAAUUGGCUAAACGAAACCCCGCGGUUUCUGAAAGACACAGCAAUAUUUUUUUGUUUUAUCUAUUUUCAUAUGAUUUGUGUUUAUUGCCUUCGUCGAGUAAACUCCAUGUCUUCAUGAUUGGCCGAAAUGUACUAAAUAUUUAACAUCACCGAUUGCGAUCUGAAGUAACAAUUAAUAAUUUAUUUAUGAGCUUGAAAGGAAGUUUUUAUGUUGACCGUAACAUUGCGUAGCGCGAGAAAACUUCGAUUGCAAAAGUUUGUUUUCGACACAAGUUUAGUCUAAAAUGAUAUACGAAUUGCAAAGAUGGAAUUCUGGCUUGGUUUCUGCGCUAAACGACUCGUUCUACGUACCGAGAGGAAAAUUGAACUAGGAUGAAUUCUCCUGGCAGUAGUUCAAACGCUAGCAGUUCUAGUGGUAGUCGCUCGAGUGAGAGGGGCUCAAACACUAGUAACAGUGGUAGCAGUAGUGGUAGCAGUGGCAGUAGCGAUGAUUCUUACUCGGAAAAGCGGCUUUUUAUAACGUUAAAACCAAACGCUCGUCAGACAUGCUAUAUCUUUACGCGUCCAUUAAGAGUUCGCGUCAAAGGCGGUGGAAUUACGUAAGUGAACAAUAAGCUGAAGAGAAAAGUUAUAUGAAACCUUUCUUUUCAAAACAACAAAUGUCUUUGUUGCUCUUAAGAAUUGAAGUACAUAAAUGCCGUCUAUUGUCUACUCUUGAAAGAGCGUACUAUUUGCAGUCGUGCCUCUUUGGCAACGAAAAGUGUUUUUAUGUGAAAGGUUGAUUCUUUCGUGUCGUCUGUGAAUGUUUUCGCUUCUUCCGUGAAUAAAUUUAGAUUAAAGUGGGUUUGUAAUUGCUUAUCGCAAUUACGUUGUACGGUGUUACUUAGAUAACGGUACCGAGGAGUUGAAUUAACGAAUUAUCUUCCCAUUAGAAAGAGGCGGUUUUCAUAUUUGGAGACUCUAACAAUAUAACGUAGUUGAAAAUCGUUAACUGCUUGCUUAGGUUCAGAAUUUAAAUUUAGUCGAUUCUACCUCGUUUUAAAAUUCCGUGCGUUGUUUUUUUUUUAGAGAUAGCUCUAUGCCUCGCUCACAUUCUCAAACAUCACAAGAAACGCUUAACAAGUUUCUCAAAGUUACUGAAUAUUAUUAUGUUCGUCGACAACCAUUUUACUGGGUUAAAAGUUGUGUUCAGAGACUGGAAAUCUGAUGUAUUUUUUAUGUACUUUUCCUCUGCGUAUUUAUUUCAUUUUAAUUUUUGAAAGGAAAGAACAAACAUGUGGUAUCAUUUAUAGGAAUUUAAAACGCCAAGAUUCCAUUUAACUUAGGCUCCUUCUGUUUUACUUUUGUGUUGGCAGACCUCCGUUGCCUUCAGAUCUUUCCGGUCCAAAUCAAUAUGUUGAUUACGUCGCAAGCUCUACGUCACCUGAGUCAGUGGAUACCUCAAUGGAGUCGUCACAGCCAACCAAAAUGGCGGAGGAUUUGGACGGAAGGUAAGGGCUAGUUGGCUCGUUGGCUCGUUUGAGUGACCAACGAGGAAUUUCUCUUUACAUUAUUUAAACUGUUUCAACAGACAGCUGAGGAGAAGAGGGAAAAAUAUCAACAAGGGGCGGUAGUUGCUUGAUUUAACACCAAAUUCUCCUAACUAGAAUCACAAGCAGCACAUGUGGAACAGUACAGAGAAUUAAUAUUAAGAACUCGGGAGUGAAAGGGUUAAACGAAAUUUCCAUGGCUGGAGCAGAAUGUGGUUAAGUCUCUAGUAAUGAGGGCCAGCUGGCAGGUUAUCAGUAGGUUUAAAAAUAAACCACUCUCCGAGUAAAAAUAGAAAGGAAAAAAAAGGGAACCCAGAUCUUUCCAUCAGGAUAGUAGAGUCUUUCAAGUUAUCUGGCGCUAAAACCGCGGUAAUAAAGGUAACAGUUUUCCUGUCUUUUCUGGACUUUGAGAGUUGGUAAUUGCUUGAGGUCUUCAUUCAUACUCGAUAAAAAAAAAAGAAAAAAAAAAAAGAAACAAACGAGGAAAAGGCAUCUUAAUUUAAUCACAUGUGUUACUUCUUGCACUUGAUCGGCCAAAUGAAUGUCGCGAUAAUUUGGUUUCAUCAACAGAGUGGAUAAUGUAAAUUGGCAAUCGUAAAGAGAUUCGUAAGCCGACGUUUCGAGCGUAAGUCCUUCGUCAGAGUAAAUUAAUAUCGGCUUGAUAUCUUGGAAGUGGGUUUUAGUUGACCAUAUCUACCUCUUAAAAUAACCCCGGGUUACUUUAAACCCGAGUUGAAGUUGAAUUACUGCGAUGUGUAAGGACGUCUUUUAAUUAAGAGAAAGGAAACGGAAACAAAAAUGAAGCUUUUAAAAAGACGGUGGAGACGGUAUCUACAGAUUAUAAUUGAUCGUUAGAAAAAAUUCGCAGAAAGGAAGAGCACUUUGAAAUAAUUCCAUGCAAAUCCCCAAAACGAUGGCUGUCAUUCAAUAUCGAACUUUCUGUUGAGAAAAGAACAUUUCCAGCUUAAUGAACGAUAAAUCAAUAAGUGUCCGAUGCUUUGGCGACGUUCUUUCCUAUCUAUUUAGUGAGGAAAUUCGUUUCGUGUCUUUCAGAUGGAAAUUAGGAUUUGCGGAAUUAAUUCUGUUAAAUUCAGGAAACAAAUAUUUCAAUCUUUAAUAUGAGCGGUAAGAAGCUGCAAACUUUGAUGUGUGCUAUAAAAGGUCAAACAAACAAAAUUGGACACCCACCCUAAUGAAGCGAAACAGGUUUUUUCCCCUUUGAAAUGAAAGUUUGCAUCGAACGAAAAUAGACUUUUUCAAGUAGUCGAGCAAAAAAAGGAGACAAAUUGUUCGAGUCGUGUACUAUUUGUUUUUUUAACGACAAUGAAAUUCCCAUUUUUUUCGUCCUUUAUUGUCAUAAAAUUUAUCUAAUAUUUCUAUUUGCUUGUCUCCCAAGAGCAAUAACCUUAGCCUAUUAUUCGUGGCUAUUUUGUUUUCAUUUCGUAAGGCGUGGGAAAAAAGACUUACAGCACACCUUUCAGAUAUGAUCUAAAAUCAUUUUUCUGGCUUCAUCGCUUCCCCGUGGCGAUAAUUGCCAUUAUCUUUAUGAAGGUGAAUUUGACCAAUUGAAACGAACAGUGCAUGUAUUCUUUAAGUGAGUGAAUUUAUUUCACAGUCGUUGAAAAACUCAUUAUGAAUAUGUAGAUUUGUUUUAUUAACACCUGAUAGCGAGCGAUACUAAGUAUACUCAAACAGCAAGCUCAGCUACUGAAUACGGCGGUGGAAGCUGGCAAAGAACGCCCGCAAGAAGUUGUGUAUCGCCGUUCGGGUUCCUCGUCGCACGAAAUCGUAUUUUAUUAUCAUGCCCAACGGUAGUUUUAUUCCCCAUUAUGUUGGGCGUAAUUUUUGGUUGUCUGAUUCCAGAAUGGAUGAUGAGCACAAGUUGAUAUCAAGAUAUGCGGCUAGGUAAGUUAAUAAAAUCCGUAUUUCAUGACUGGGUUACAAGCUAAAUGUGGUUUUAUGUACAUGAGACCCGCUUUUUUCACUCAUGCUGCGUAGUGGUCGGGUCAGGCUUGGCUUGGGUUUUUGUCUUUGUCUUGGAUGUCUCUCGAUGAAUACCUUUCCAAUUUUUUCCGUGAAGGUUUGUUCAAGGACGGCGUACUUUGAGUGGGUUGUUUGUGAUAAUGAUAUCUCCCUUCAAUUUUUCGUGUAGCCUUAUUUUAUUAUGUUCUUGUACUUAUUCAUCAUUUUCAUGAAAGGAAGGCGACUCUUCUAUCCCCAUCUCCGCAAUCGUAUCACAAAACUAGAAUACGGUCUUGAAUUUUACAUUCUUUACCUUCUUUUGCAUUAAUGCGUAUUCGCUUUCGAAACUUGAGCUGAUCCAAGAUCUCAAACUGCUUAAUUAUUCUCACGAAGAUUGAUGGUAUUUCUUAAAAAUAUUUUAAGAACAACUUUCUAAGUUGACAAUCUUUCUUGUCAUUUAAAUUUCCAUCACAGCAGUGCUUUGUUUUUCGCUUAGCCACAUUCACUCAAAAUCUUAUGGAGAACUAAGGUUUCUAGCAAUUAUGGAAUGAAUGUCUGGUGGUCUACCAGAGGAAUAAAUUAUUUUAAGCUUUGUUAAAAAAUGUUUUGAUAAACGCGAGUUUGAUUUCUUAGUGACAACUGCGUUGACUUACAGUGAACGCAUUCUGUGGUCAUUGUUUGAAUAAUAUCUUUUUUUUUUACUUGGGUCGUUUGGAUGAAUUCCGCUUUAGAUUUGAAAAGAAAAGUUUUCAUGUUUCAUGUUGUUAUGCGAAGAAGAAAAACGACGCUAUUGAAAAUGUGACAAAUGUGAGUUGUGUAUACUGUUUGCUAGAAAAUUUCGCCGCCGCGUCCUGUGCGAUUGGUCGUGAGUGAUUUCGCAUUAAGACACCGCUAAUGAAAGAUAUUUUAAUUUCUUUGGUGUGAUUUUAGCCUACCACAGAUUCCAUGAAUUGAAUACGCCUAUUCUACCUAAUGACUCUUUAAAAAAAUUAAAAAAAUAAAACUCGAAAAAACAUCGUUUCAUUUGUGCCUGUAAUUAAAUGGCAGUUUCAAUCAUACGUUUUGCAUCGAUCUACUCCGUUGAAUAAAUGAAUUAAAUUCAGUUGACCUGAGUAUGUCUUUGCCCGUACAAGAAAAAUAAGUAACAAUUUGCAAACGAUUGGUUAGAUUUCGUGGUUUCCAUCUUAAUCCCCAGUGAAUUAGUUUUUUUUAUGAGCGCGACCACAUGUGUAUCUGUCGUAUAUUUGCUUAACCCAUGCUGAGCAAGUGAGAAAGUUAAAAUAAUUUUAUUAUCGCCGUUCUUAGUGUCACGAAUCUCCAUCUGAACGCGAAAGGAUAAAACGAAAUGUUUUCUCUAUCGAGUGCUUCUAACCGGAUCUUGUUGAUGUAAUGUUGUUGGCCUAAAAUUUUUUUUAUUUUUCUUUUAUCUAACGAUAUAUUGCUAUCUCUUUGUUGUUGCAUUAUGCUCGCUCAUGGACAGACUCGCAGCCAAUUCGGUAAGUAUCUUGUAGUAGUGUUUCUGACUUGUCUUUAAUGUGAGAUAUUCACAAUCUUUUUGAGAUCAGAGAACGUCUUAGUGUUUUUUAGUCAUAACACAUCCAUAGGGUUCCUUGUUUUGCAGCGCGCUGAUUAACAUCGAAUUUUAAUGAACAACAAAUCGAAAUAGAUAACUUUGACUUUCAGAAUUGAUGAACACAAGGCCUGCUUUACAUAUUUAAAUGCUUUGCUAAGAUGCAGUAGUCCGAUAUGUGGGAUUUGUGAAUUUUUUUUUUCUUUUUAAUCACUACCUCAGCGCAUAAAGUAAACUAUCGUGUGUAGCUAGUUGGAAGAAUUAUCAAUUGAUGAUUUUCUAGCCAAUAGUUGGAUUGGACAUCAUGCAGUGUCCGUUUGGAUUUUUAUUAAGGGUGUGAAAGGGAUUUCUUUUUCUCGGGGUAUUUCAUUAUCUUACACGGGUAAAUUAAUCGCAGGUGACUUAGGCAACGGGCAAUCUAGUGAUCGCUUUAUAAUUACAGUGAGCGCAAUGUGUGGGAAGUUAUCUCUCAAAGUCACGCAAGCAUCAAGUCGUGAAAUGCUAAUCUAGACCCACGAAAGCGCAAAGUAUUUUUCGGCCCACUUUUUGGUUGAAAUUCUCGGUUUAUUUUUCGGUUAAAAGGGUCUUCAGUUGACUCCAUACCUCCCACAUACAUCCCUGUAAUAUAUCCUUCCUUUUGGAAAGCACAACUACAUUUCUAGUGUUGAGUUUUGCGCUUGAAAAAUGAGUGUUCUUAGCAAUUCAGACCCAGUUCGUAAGGAUACAGUGUGGCAUGACAAAAUCAAUUUGCGCUUUCAGAAAGAAAUUCUUAAGAGGCUCACAGUCGUAGUUUGUAGUAAUUUUUUUGAGGAGCAACGUAGUAAUCAUUUUUGUUUGUUUUUUUUUAGCGACAGAAAGCCGCCGCUAAAGUGACCAAGUCUCCAAGUCAGUCAAGCAUUGACGCCAACAGGGAACAGAGAGAACUCAUGCAGACUCUGCAAAACAAAAACAGGUAACAAUUUCAGAAGAGAAAAUAAGGAAAGAGGAACAUAUUGAAUAUUAAACAAUAGUAGUUGUUGUUUAAUUUUUCAUUUGAUGAAAAAGUAUGUUAUGUCUUCAACUUAGUGAGGUGGCCUAUAAGUCGUCUGAGUUAAGUUCUGGUCUCCGAGGCAUAAAGCAAAAUUCCAAGACCCAACAUAGCGCAAAGUUGGUACCAUUCAUACUCUUGGGUUGAAAGAGGCGGUGUGAGAAUUCAGUGUCUUGGCUUAGAAAACUUCGAAGUUCAUACGUAAUGAACGUUCACCGUUCAACGUUUUUUUGUGGAGAUCAUCUAAAGUCGUAGCCGGUAAUUAAUCUGGCAGAUUAAUUACCAGCAACGACAUUAGUUGAAGGUGUUCAAUUCAUUUGUAUCUGGCACCGGAUAAGAUUUGAGUCGCAUUUGAGGAUGUCCUAUGACUCUUAAAACGACUGCAGCAUAGUGAUCUAGAGCAUACACUAGCCUCAUCAGUGUCGCGCUUUUUGCUUGCUUUUUUGAAAACGUUCUUUGUGGAAACGAGGAGUAGAUACAGGAAAUUUUCAGCUCGAUUGUCCACUUAAUUCCUGAUACAAACAAAGAGAAUAAUAUUCUACUCAUAAUCUGAGCUCCUGAAAUUUUCUUAUUUUAAACAGGCUUCUCCUAAAAGAAAUUCGACGCUUGCGCGACGAGCAUGAGGAAACAUCCCGAUCAGCGGCCCAAAUCGCACAAAAUCCCCAGCUAUUGGCUGAACUCAAGUUGUUACGGCAACGAAAAGAUGAAUUAGAAUUGCGCAUGUCUGCGCUGCAAGAGAGCCGCCGAGAACUGAUGGUACAGUUAGAAGGACUGAUGAACCUGCUCAAAGUAAGUACCCGUAUGAACUAUGCAGUGUAAGGUUCCUAAAUAUGUAAGUUGCGCCAGUGGGUGUAAUUACCUUUGUAAGCAAGCAGGGGACUGGGUACGAUUGCCAAGAAAGUGAACCUUAGUAAAGGAAAGGUAUUAAGCCCUUAUCAAGGGUGGGAAAUGUGAGCGGCAGUGUAAAAAACGUUGCUCAAGGAAGAGAGCUUGCCAUGGACCGGAAAGACGCCUUUGCCUGCAAUUUUUCAGAGCUCUCUUCAGAAUGAUAAUCUUCGCAUUCAUCUAGGUGUUCAAACCUAAACACGUGAAUUUAAUGAAAGGUCUAAUUUCUGAAUGCUGCUCGUUUUUCAUCAGAGUUGCUGUUAAAAACAAGUUUUCUCCCAGUACCAUAAUAAUUUUUUUACAUCAUCAAUAACGUACACUGAAAGAUAUUGCCGGGGUGCAAACCUCUUGAUAACUUACAGCAAACUACCCUCGCUUUUUUUUUUUUUUUUUUUGUUCUUCGAAUGAUAGUUACCUUUCUUUGUGUUAAUGUAUCAGAGAUUGUGUGAGGCUGGGUAAUAGGAUUUGCACGAGUACUGCAAGCUUGCGUGUUCAAAAAGUUUCAUUUUGGGGCUUUGUCGCUCCUUUCGUUUCCCUGGCACACUGGGCGCGCUUUUCUUCCUCCUCAAGUAUGAUUACACAGUUAAUAACUAUAACUGCCGCCCAUUUGCCUUCCAAGUUUAGAUGUCACGCUGUUUGUGAGCCCAAAAGUAGCUCAAUAUUGUUGGCUUGUCAAACUUUGAAUUUAGUAGCGCUUUUCGUCCCAGAAGUGAACUGUACUCUACUUCAUAGAAACACUUAUGUCGCCUUUUGGUAUGACCACGCCGUUUGUUAUCGAACGGAAUAUGUGCAGUAGUUUUUUUUAAAUUUCUAUAACAUUGCGUUUUCUUGAAAUUAUAUUCUACCCUUUUCUUCAUCUUGCAACUUAGCAGUAACAUUCCUCUUCACGUAUAAACUGCGACGCCAUUUAUAAGAUAUUUUAGGGGCACGUAUGAGGGAAUUGUUUAUUACAGCCGUGAAAAAGGGCACACAAUUGUCUUCACAGCAUCAGGAAAAAUGGCAUGGUAAAACUUGGCUUGACUUGAAACAGAAACGACGAACCAAGCGAAUGUUGUUGAACCUCGUCAAAGUGUAAAUGAGGGUGAAAGGGAAAUUGUUUUGCUAAAAUGGGGUUUUCAGAAAUCUAUAACGUGGAACUGGGAACAUUCGUUUUCAAUUGAGAGAAAAUAUGGGACAGCUUCGAAAUGUUCAUGGCGUUGUAUCUUCUACCGAUGGUCGUGGCAGGUGGUACACCCCCUCCUUCUCCCAUACCCUUCCCCGCCUAUUACCGGAGGGAGAGUGACUGUCCACUUUAAUACUUCUGGAGUAGGGAGAAACACUGCCAGUGUUAUGUUUGGGUGAAGAAUUAAACACGAAAGAGCUCAAAUUUUUCCUGAUCUCGUCAGUCAUUUAUGCUCAGCGGCUUCUUUUUAAUAGUGAAUCACAAACAGUGAUGAACUGUAAGAGCAAAGUGUUUUAAUGUGCUUUUACUUUCAAGUACAAAGCUUGACUGGUGGAGGGAUUUCUUUGGAUUAAUUUUAACCAUAAACUUGUAACCAUAUGUAAGCUCUUUAUACAAUUAUUUUUGCUUCCUUGUUAACUCAAGUCAGUGACAGUUAAACCUAUUUAUUGUUUUUUUGUGUUGUUUUUUUUUCUUUACUAUACUUGUAACGAGGACUGAACAAAGUGGAUUAAUGGAAAGUGAACUUUUAUGAGUGUUGUUUAUUUUGGUUCUUUUGGAAAGAUAGGAAUUUUUUAUUCUACGUUCAUACGUUUACAUGCAGUAGUCUAAUUUCUUCAGCUACUAAUUUUUGAAUUAAUUUUGUGCAUGUGAAACCUUUUUUGGCAUGAAACUUACGAUGCCCUGAAAAAAAAGAUAUGGAAAAAACAAUUAAGCGAGACGGUGCCCUCGAACAAAAAAAGAAAAACUCAGAAAUUAUGUUCAAGUCUUGGUCGUGUUUUAUUAAUCCACUUUGUUCUGUCUCUUUGCAGGCAGAAAACAUAUGAAUCUGAAGACGAGAGGACGAUCAGUUUUCAUUAUUAUGUUAUUUGAAGAACCUACCUUGGAAGAUCGCUGUAUGCAUUGAUUCACCCAUGGUCUACCUGUAGCUGUUACGUUGUUGUCACGCAACAGUUCUGGCGAAAGAUUUCAUAACAGCCCUUAGAGGGGAAGACCUCUAAUAGGCCUGCUAUCCCAACAUAUCAAACACCUUCGGUGUUAAAUCUCUCUAAGCUAAAUUUGUUAGUUGUGUCUCAAAAAUAUUUCCUUAGGGGUGGGAUGGGUGGGUGUUUACCAUGAAUAGGAUUAAACAGGAGUCCAUGAAUUAAAUUAAAUCAUCCCCCUCCACCCUUCCCCCCCCCGUAACAGGUUUUGUUUCAUGUCUAUAAUUCUUGCACAAGUUCUGUUUCGGCCUGAGUCUGAGAAUCGAAACAAUGAAUUGUAGUAUGUGCCAGAGUAGCUCAUUUUGUUGUUGUUGUUGUUUUUUAAUUUGUUUUCUAUUUUUUUUUUAAAUUGUAACUAGAAUGAAUAUAUUUACAUAUGUAUUUUUUAAGGUUUCGUACUUAUGAAUUCUUUUCUUAAAUCGUUUGUGCUCUAUAUUCUCUUAUAUUUUUAAUAACUGCGUAAUUGUGCGGAGACAAUAUUAAUUUAAUCGGUUUUAAUUUUUAGCUUAGAGUUAUUAUAGUAUUCACCAACAGAGUAUAUAAAUUGUUUUAAGCUUCAAGUGAUAUCACGUGACUUUUACAUUUUAGUCACGUGACUCACCGACCCCCCAAAAAUACUGAUGUUUAUUGAAAUGUUCUUAAGAACAUAAAGCAGAUUUUAAUUCUUUAAAAAAAAUGUUUAGAGUCGGCGCAUAAGAGCGAUUGUUCUUAUAUUUGCUGUUGCUUUUGAAAUUAUUGGUGACAUUUCAAAAAUCUUUAUUGUAAAUCCGAAGAAAUAUGAAUUUAGGAAGCAUUGUGCUUUGUGUGUUAUCGCUUUGGUAAUAAUAGUACUCAGAUUAAAAGGUUACGGGUAAGAUAAAUUUUCACUUACGGCCACUUCAAGGAAAUCUGCUAAAUGUUGACUUAAGUAUUGCAAGCAUGAAGUCUAAAUCAUCUUAACUGACCAGACCAAAUUUUUUCCUAUCACAUCAGGAAGAAACGUCUUGUGAGCUCGUCAAGCUACUCGCACUGCUUUAACUUGUGAAAUAAUUAGAAGUGUCAAACUGCGGUUUAGUAAACGCUUUGCAGAGCAACUUUAACAAACGGAAAGAAAGGCAUUGGUCAUAAAGUAUUAAAAAAAUGAAGUUUGAUAACCUUGUCAAUUGAACUAGUGUUUUGUUUGUGAGAAGCAAGCUCUUGCAGAAUUUUUUUUGCCGAUAGAUCUCACUCAAGGUAAUGAGUGAGAUCAAUGACUCUAUUUAGGUUAACAGUAUUUGCGGAUAUAUCACUUGCUAGUUCAGUAUUCCCUUGAUUCGUCGCUCCCAAUCUUGGUCUCUUCUUCGACCCAGGAAAACGCGCUCUGCCUUAAACGCGACUCUAACGUGAUUGAUGUAGAAAACUCGCUCUCGCUCUUGCUCUUAACCAAUCGGACGCCCAAUGAAAACCAAUCGUGACUGGGUCACUCGCGUUUUCCAGCGCUUCAGGCAGGUUGCUUGUUUUUACUUUAAGUUCUUUGUGGCUCCUGGUGAUAUUUUCUUUACCAUGGUGGCUGUUCUGAUUGCUUUGGGUUCGGUUUUAUGACACCUAAUCGAAAACCGCUCUAAUUGACCUACUCUUUCCUAUACUAGGUAAACACUUCCAUCCACUCCCAAGGUCACAAUUAUAUCUUCUUACAAAUCCAAAUAUUUAUCUUUUGUUCUCGAGAGUCUGACACUAUAGGGACUGCUGCUGAGACUACUGGACUCAAUACCAUCCUAGGUAAAUGCUUAUGCGACCGAAGGUCAGGGCCAGCACUCGGUGAUUGCGUGGUAGUUUGUGACAGUGAUUUUGAUGGAGCCUAUGGAAAUCGAAGUUUGUGAUUUAGCUGUCCGCGUUGUAUUAAGUUUAAGUCGCAAGCUCCUUUGCCCAAGGAGUCCUUGAAAGCCGCCUCAGUUUUGGUCAGCUUAAGCUAUUUUAUCUGUAGAUUAAAUUACUUGCUUGUUUAUGUGGGAUGAUUUCUCAGGUGCAAUAUGGCAAAUAUUGCCUCUGAUCGUUAAAAAAGAAUUUGUAUUCUGCGUUAUAUUUCGCUCGCCGAAAUUGAAGAUAACAAUGAAAAAAUGUAUGUUACUGGAAGAUUUUCAACAUGAGUGAUAAGAUGAAGUCUCCUCCUAAUGCUUUACACUUAAAACAGAACAUUCUAUACUAAUCUACAAGUUCAUGAUAUCAAUCCCUGAUACAUCAGACUAUAAGCUGUUAGUCUCAAAAAGGAAUCAAACUAUAAGAUUAGUAAAAUUUCGUUGGGAGAUAACGAAUUCUAGCUUUGAAUUGAUAUUAGAAUUGACAGCUUGCGGUCAUGGAAAUUUUUGAAAGUGUUUUAAAGAAUAGUUAACUCUUUCUUCUCUAGCAGUUAUCGGUAUUGUUAUUUCUUUACAAGUUUGAUACUCAAUCAUAGGUAUUGGUGAUUAGAAUUGUGAAAAUUAUUACCUAGUGGUUGAUGUCUUGAUUAAAGACAAAUUCUCUGGUAUGAUAUGUGUGGGUAUCAGUCGGGAGAAUUAGCUUCCAGAUCGUUAGCAACAAAACCUGAUUACUCCUCAGAAGCUGAAAGUGACUUUUACCGAUUUUUUUUGCUGUGUCUCAUGUUUUAGGAUCAUCUUAAUCCCUGUAGGGAAAAAAAAGAAUUAUUUCUAGAAGGUGGAAGGUAACCACCUAAUUGGAAAGUGAAAUUAAUCACAGGUGUAAAACAUAAAUGUAUGAAGAAAGAUGUAUUUCAUCUAUAUGUGAUCAGAUUUCUUGUGGGAAGUUAAGAACUCUGUAAGAUUAGCCUCGCUCCUUGAAUGUGGUUUCAUAGGUCAGUUGGCAGUAGCGCGCAAGUAGUAUCUGGGAGUCACUUGUUUAUUUACCGUGGAACCGCGAUUUUUUUGGUCUUCUGUUUGAGCAAUCUAUUCAAACUCAGUGUAGCUCUGAGGAUCAUUUCGUUGUUUGUUUAGAUGGACAGGUUUUUAUUUGGCCAGUUUCAAGUGACAAGUAAUGUGAUUAACCUCACCUUGCAGUGAAACCUAUAGUUGUGGUUAUUUUUAUGGAGUGAGAGGUUGUACGAUAUCAGUUGAAAGACAGAUUUUCUAAGAACUUGCAAUAGAUAUUGUCUUCCCAUGUAUCUCACUUUAGUAAGGAUAUCUUUAAGCAAAUGAAGGGCAGUAACUGAAUUAUCCUUUUCAACUGCAAUUAUCCACUAUUGGUGAUUGUUGGUUGUUGUUACAUCGUCACUACUCAUCUAUUUUUUUUGAGUUUGUCAUCAUUGUAAACUCCCUCUAGUGACCAAAACGGAAUUUCUACUUACAGCACUGCUCCAUUUUCAAGCAGAGAGGUGAUGAAUAAAAGGAAAAAAAAGCCAAUAAGGGAUACUGUUGAACACCCAAUUCUUAGAGCUUAAAUUCCAAUUAAUACAUGGUAGACUAUGUAGGAAAUUGAUUUUUUUAAAUCUUUAGAUGGAAAGGGUUAAAUUUGUACCACCCAGGGACGACACGUUUCAACCCGUUUGAACGACCUAAAAUGCAGCCUUGCACUGCCAAUGCCCAAAAAGUCAAAGUCGCUGCUUACUUAAAAACCGUCUUUGAUAUGGAUACACUUAUCGAUGUUGCCGUUGUUUUUAUCGAUUGUAGAGCGGCAAAGUUAAAAGGAACUGGGCGACUCAUCUCGCUUCGUUUUGAACUGUUUUCAGACAAACUAAUUAAGAUAAAAGAGACAGUUAGUAAUUGACUGCAUUCCGUCGUGGAAUGUAAAGUGCAAGCUAACCAAUCAUAAACAUGCUUAUAUAGUAGAGGAGCCCUCAUCUAAAGAUCUAUCGACCGUUUGUCGGUUAUUUGAUCAAGUGUUUUUUCCCCAAGCCUCUCAAACACGAUGAAGAUCAAACUUCUUGUUCUACUGUCAAUACACUUUCAAUCAGACAGUCGAGGAGAAGAAGAAGAUUACAAAGGAUCAAUUGUCUAAUCUUGAGUUACUGCCACUUCAUUAGUGCGCGCUGCGAAACAAACAAAAAUAUGUGGGCUGGCAGAUUUUUUAUUUUUAAAAUGGAUCGUUGUGGUGAAAAAUAAGAACCAGGUCUUAUAUACUGGUGAUAUUUCAUCCUACAGUUUUAGUUACAUUAACUCAUUUGCAUUCCACAGGCUUAGUAGUUGAAAGAUGGAUUUGAGAUAAUGGCACUGAUAUUGGUUUGACGAAUCAUGUUAUAUCGAUAUUCCUCUAGGAUCUCGAGUAUUCUUUGUCAUUUUCAAAGUGAUAGAAAUAUCGACGUCGCCAUGUAAAUAAGAUUUGUAAAAGCCAACUUGAACUGAGUGUACUCUCAGGAGCAAGAAAUGAAUUAAAAUUAAGAGUUUUCAGAUAAGAUUUUAGUAAACCGUGUUGUUAUAACGAAGAAUUUGAUGGUUCAGUUUUCGAUGAUGGAUGUACAAUGUCGAUGCGCAGACUUUUCAGUACUUAACCUUUGGUAGUUUUACGAGUCUUCUUCUAAUUGAGCUUUAAAUUAAUAUAUUUGAGAAAGGGUCAAUGUCUGUCCCUUUGGAGUUCGACUUUUGUCGGAUUUUCUUACGCUAUUUUUCCUUAUUAACUGUGGAGUCCCAUCCAGGGGAGAGUAGUAAUACUCGUAGUUGCUUCUUGUAAAGUAAAACAGGAUCAGCUAGGGCUGGAUGGGUCACUUGGUUCGAGUAUAAAUUUUACCUGCCUUUACUCUCAGCAGAACAUCAGCGACAACUCCAACUCAAUCUUAAAUAUUUGUUUUUGGAAGUGGUUCCCAAAUUUUUGUGGUAACUUCUGUUAGUCGCAUUUCAUUUCACAUUUUCUACAAAAUUAUAUAUUUUAUAAGCGGUGCCUUUAUUCGUCAUGCAUCGUCGGUUCAGAGGCAAUAACUGCUAAGAAAACUCUCAAAAAAAUGCCUUGGGUUUUGGCGCUUUCCUGUUUCAAUUCUUAUAAAGGAAUAAAUUGAAUUCUUGCAGUUUAACUUAAUUUAGCAAUGCUAUUUCUCACGCUCACGAGCCAAACUUAAAUUAAAACCUACCUUCUCUUGGAGUUAUUUCGUUGUUCAUCAAUGGAUGUUUUAUCUUCACUGAGUUUAAGUGUUAUUGAUAAGAUUGUGAGCUUUUUUCUUCUUGUGAAGAUAUUUAUGCUAUUUGACUGUAAAAGGCAAGACUUGGAAAUAGCCUUAGGUGGGGUAAAAAGCUAUAAAUGUAAGGUCCAAGAUAAUUAAGCGUUUCAACGUUUCCCUCUAAACCACUAUAUUACCGUACUAAAUUUAACUUUGGUAUGCUUUACCGGAUGUAAGAUAUUCGCUUCGGAAGAAAACGCAAUAUUGCGCGAAUUAUUUAACUUAUUAUCUUUCCUCGGCAUCACUUACAUAACUCUUAGGGGCAGGCUUUUUAUUUGUCUGUCAACUGCGUCAUAGCAGAAACGCAGCUAUUUAAAUAUCUUCAAUUUGUAGCUGUUAUUUGCUUGCAAAAAAUCUUAAGUGGAAACAUCUCUUUAAGUUCCCCGGCGCUGCGGCAACUUCGACAUGGAAACCAAGGCCAUUUCUAUAGGAAAAAUUUUCAGUUUUUGUAACAACAACAAAGCGUUGUCGUAUACUGUGCUUUUUCUCGUUGUGACAAAUAUUUUAGCGAAGUUUUCUACCGUAUUUGAAGCACCAUGUGUGUCGUGCACAGUGACAAGGACAUUGUCAGGGUUUGGAGGGUGUUCUUACGAUGCAGUUCCCUUUGCGUUUAAUUCUCUUAAGGUAUGGUUUGUUGAUAUUUUAAGUGUUGAUGUUGUGUGAAGGAGUUCGUGUUCUCGCUAGGCUUACGCAAUUUUUUGGCGCGAAAAGUUUUUGUAAAGUACGAUUAUUCCCUUUAAGUAAAUCGUUAUUUCAUUUAAAUUUCAUAUCCUUAACUUAUUUUUAAACCAGGACUGCUUUUUUUUCCAUUAAUUCUUCCGCGAUAAGUUCGUUACCGAAAACCGUCAAAAUGUAGCAAAUUUUUAGCGAACUGUGUCGAAGCUGAGCUCGACUUUGCCAGCUGUGAAAGCUAAAAAACUGAAGGAAAGUCAACGAAUGGUAUGAGAAAUGCAAUUUAAAUCCCAUUUUGGAAUUUCGAAAGAGCUUUCCCCCUUUGCUAAAGCCUUACCAUUUGCCUUUGCCCAGUUGAGAUUUUAGUCUCGAUAAGGUAUGGGUGUAUGGCCGCGAUGCCUUAAAAUGUCUACGUCAUUUCCGCGCUUGCGGUAAUAGUCUAUUUGCUUGUCUCGUAGCAUGUAUAUUUUUGUCACCAUGUGGAAGAGUCGCGUUAUGUUGAAACAAUCUCUCAGUGGAAUAAUACGUGAAUUCACUUUGAGGCCAACAAUGUGUACAGAUUCUUCCCCGAAAAUGAACGAUAUCGAAUUCGGGGACUUGAGCUUUAUUCAUCUGUGAAUAGAUAUUUUAUUAGUUACUACGAAAGAGAAGUAAAAAGGCAAACUAGCUGAGUUUUCUUACUGGAUUUUGUGAAGCCAAAAAAAAAAAAAAAAAAAAAAAAAGCAAACGCGGUCUUGUUAUGAAAGUAGUGAUUGAGUUCUAUACUACCAGAAAAUUGUGUACAUUUCUCAAGUAACAAAGUUAAAUUUAUUUUAAAAUCAGUGAACAACUCCUUACUCGGCCAUAAAUUCUCUCAAUGUUUUAUUAAUGUUUUUAAUAUAAACCACUUUUAACUUCCCACGAGCAAUACCAAGGCAUCUUAACUGAAAGUCCAAGUGCUCCUAGGGCCAAAAUAAACCACCAGGGCAAUCACGUGUUUUCGACGUGGAAUGAACGAGAUCUGUCUCACGUUCACUCAGCUACAAGUAUUGGAAUAGCUUGUGAAGGAUACGUGAAGUCUAAUGUUCAUGAAGGUUGUAUUUUAUCAUCCGGAAGGAAUUUUGUGUUUCUUUACAUAAUCAGUAGAGUAAUACUUUUGUCGAAAGUUUUUAAGUUUGCAUCUCUUUGCGUUUAUCAAAUCAGACAUCUUUCUUCAGCGUGGGAGCAGGUUAAUUAGCAAAUAAACUGAACCGAACUAUGAUCCUGUUGAUAUUGCUGUUAUAUCUAUAAUAUCAUUACAGACAAUUACGUGGUUCUCAUUAUAUUAGUAAUGUGCUUGAAGACAUUUUUUGAAUUUGUCCUCGCGCCAUAGUGAUUAAAUAUUUCGUUCUCUUGAACCGAAGAUCAAUAUUGUUUUUGAGUUAACCUUUGAGAAGACAAAACGUUUGCACGUGUAUGUAAUUGACUAACGAUUUACGUAAAAGGAUGGCGUGAGAUACAUUCGCCUACGUUUUUCUCGUCGAAUUCCAGAAAGAAAAAAAAAGUAUAUGCAAAUACUUUUUUUUUAGGUAGCUUUUGUUAUUCGUUUGCGUCAAUCCUUUUUGUUAAAUUCUCCUAUGUCGAUAUUGCCUUUGUGCAGAAACACUUGCUGCACUUCAAAGAGCUGGUCUGCAAUGGGUUUAAUGAAUAGUUGAGAUCGUGGGAAAAGAUGUUACAGUUAUUAUUCUUAAUGAUAAAAAACUGAAUUUUAAAGGAACAUGCAUAUCUCUGUGUACACAAUGUGCGUACAUGCGUUAUCAGGUAACGCCCUAACCACGAUAUCACUUUAUCUCCUUUGAGCUGGCCUCCUAAGUGAAAAGCACUUAAUAUUAAUAGAGAGCUCGAUGCUCGCAAUGUAUUCGCGGUCGCCAAGAAGAUACCAAUCUCUCCCAUAAUUGUUUAAAAAUAAGAAAUAUUUCAACAACUUUCACUGCAGUUUUUGUGUAUGAAGUUAUGUUUCCAUAAUGGAUACUGGAUUUGGGAACAUUUACUUUAAUAAGCCUCAAGUUGUACGGCAGUGUUUGCGUGGUAAAUCGUGUCUUCUGAGGCCACAGAAGGCCGAAUAGAUAGCUUUGACUUUCGUCUAAUUGCUGAGAGCAUGUUUGUAUGAAAGGAUAUGCAUUACUUUGGAUUCUCUCUGAGAGAAUAUCGUUUUCUGAGGCAUCUAUUAAUUCCCUCAGUUUCUCACAGCUACUAGAGCGAACCUUAUGCAGUACCGAAUUUCUUUCGAUUGAAAAAUUGUAUUACUCUUUUUUAUGUAACCUGCGCUUUUGAAAACCUUCGCCAUUCAACUCAAUUUUGCAUUGAUCCUCAGGCCGGUUCACCCCGGGCGCCACGCAGCCCUAAGGCACAGAGAAUGGAGGAUCAAGGCUCGCCUCUGGAUUUCGAAAGGUCUCCCUUGUCCUCAUCUGCUGCAGAACCAGGCCUUCGAUCGGAGCCUCCUCCGCUCAGUGGAGUAGAUGGUGAUAUCAAGCAAGCGUUUGGAGACCGAGCCACUGGCAGGAACUUGAGAGAUGAUCUGCUAUUGGCUGCUGACAAUGUGACUAGUGCGAUGUCCUCGCUCGUCAAAGAACUUAAUUCUGGUAUGUAUGUUCUUAGGGGUUAUAGAGAGAUGUCUCAACUUUGUAACGCUCUGGUUCCAUUUCUCACUGUUGUUGUUGAUGUCGUAGUAAGGGUUAUGGGUUAAAAGAGGACAACGUAAUCUUGACCCUUGUUCACAAACCUCCAAAGAGAUAAGAAUGCCCCUAAAAUGAGCGAGGAUGAUUAAGGAACUGAUUGUAAAUAACAAGUCAAAGCAAGUGGUAGAAAUAAAAGUCAUCCCCACUACAAGUUGAUUGAAGUAGAUAGAUAUGUUCUCCAUGGUAUCGAGUAUUAUCUUAAAAAUAGUUUAAUUCAACUAAGCUGGUGAAAUCCGCUCAGUCGUGAAAAACGAAUUUUUUCUGAGCUUUUUGGGGUGUUUGUUCGUCAGAAGUAUGUAACACUCGACAAACCUUCAACUUAAUUUUGUUCUCUUCUUUCUUUAUACAGAGGAUGAAGACGAAGCGGUGAAUUUUCCCAACGGAAACACAGAUGACACUGAUCUGGAGGCCCUUGAACAGCAAGUCAAUCAGAUUAGAGAAUCACUGGAAUCGCAGGAAGCCAGGGAAAAUUCAAACCUGACCAAUGGAGACAUUGUCAUGACAGAGCCAUCGGAGAAAGUUAUCCUUCACGGUCCGAGCAGGAGCGGAAAAACUCCGAAGGGUCGACGAGCAGGCUCCGAAGGCGAUACGGAUACAGACGAUGAUGACCUCAACGCUCGCAAAGGAGAUUACAAGACGUCGUCCCGAUCUCAAAUGACGGAUGACGAGAGUUACAUUCAAACCGACGACGACGAAGGUACCCAACGAACAGAUGACGAAGAUAUGGAGUGGCAGGAAUCAAUCAAGCGAUGGGUCAAUCGAUAGAUGAUUGCCAAGAAUCGAUAGAUUGUUGUAUAUCUAAGAUAAUAGUGAUCUUUAUUUUUAUAUCUUUACUCGACCGUACAAUGUCUCUUGUACUGAUAAUAAUUGUAAAAUGUGAAAUUUUUACUUGGGUUUGUCUCCUUGUUACCAAACUUAAACGGAGUCUUGGCUAGACUUACGUGCACUUUUAACUCUGAAGACCCUCAUCAAAAGUGAAAAAGUCUUUUUUUUUUUUUUUACAUAUUUUAUAUUUACAAGUUUUUUCAAGGGUGUGCUACCUAUCUUAACUGCGUGGGCAAGGCUGGCCUGCCGAAAUAGCAUUGAAUGCUACCUCAAGCGCAACCUGGUUUCCAGGACGUUCUCCGCUUGGUCAAAACAUGCAUCUGUAACUUUGCUGAGAAGCUCUUCCUCGGUUUCGAGCAGACAACUGAGCAAGCGGGAACACUUGGUGACUAGGAUACUUUUGCGCUUGAAUUUGCUCACUGACGAAGAAAAUAGGGGUUUGGUCAAGCAAAUUUAAGUCUUUUUAUUUAAUACUUUUUACAGAUUAUUUACUAAUAUUUCAUUUUAGUUAAAAGUCUUGGUUUUUAACUUUUUAUUUUUUUGCUUGUCUCGCCCAUUUCUUCGUACGAGUGUCAACUUUAAUUUGAUUUUACGUGUAAUGUAAUUUAGUUUGAUGAGAUUUUUCAAUUGUUCUUUAGCCAAGUGAAUGAAAUGAGGUACAUUGUUAGGUGAUAACUUUCGAUUCGUUAUGACUUGCGUGGAAAUCGAUAAUCAUUUUCCGUGGUUAUUCGAACUCCACUUUACACUCCAUCCCUACGUAUUGCAUAAUUUCACUUUCCUUUGAAGAAUUUGUUUUUGCGUCAAAUUCUUCGUGGAAAAAUCAAAUUACCCAUUAUCGUCAUCCAGGUACUUAUUUUUGCCAUGAAAAGUGACAAGAAAAUAUAAUUGAACUAACUUCAGACGCGCGUAAAAUAAAUAUAACGCAACUAAGAUAAAUAAUUAAUGCUACUUAAUUCGCUUUUAAUUCUAAAUCUAAUGUUUCAUCGCUUUCUUGUUUGCUUUUUAAAACUUUGCAAGGUGUAUACAUUGAUUAAUUUUUUAUUAACCGCUUGAAGGCUGUGAAAAAUGGAGCUGUGAAAGGUUCCAAUACGUGAAAUGUGAUGAAUAAAAAACACACAUGU